AGCGGCUGUGUCACAUGGUUGUCGAUUGCGAUAACGAGUCGCGCCGUGUGGAGUGCGGUAGCGGAACGAUAAUGACGCGCGAUAGGGCCGAUCCGUUUUUAUAAUAUUAGUUCAAACUCGAUCCGUGCAUUCACAUUACUCGGUCAGUCUUGCGUUUUGAUCGGACGGCACAUGGUCCUCUCCUCCUUCAGCCGCUCUCAUCAGUACACCACUGCGACUACGGCGACCACGACGUCUUCUCUCAACUGCCCGCUCCCGCACGGUAUGCAACAUUCGUUAUUUUCUUUCGCCGUUGCGUUAUUGUCGAUUUUUUUCCUCCAGUUAUAAUUAUUGAAACGUCGUCAUAAUAAUAAUAAUAAAACGAUAUUAUUCACGUAGUAAACGGUUGAAACGUUGUUCCACUGCCGGUGGAAAAAUUAUUGGAAAUAUAAUUAAUAUUUUCCGCACAAACAUUAUUAUUGACAACAUUUUGCAUCAACGACAAACAUGUAUGGUACGUUUCAUGUAUUUAUGUAAAUGGUACACGACGUUCCCGUGGGCUUGCCUAACGAUUCUGUUGUCGUCGCUGCCGUGUGAAGUCACGUGAAAAGUCUAUUCAUUCAUUUUCUCAAAAAUAUAACGAGACUUCGUUAUGGCCAACAAAAUGCGAUCAAACAAUCCACCAGAGAAGAAAAACACGACAACGGUCGCGCCAACCGUCAUCAGCAGAGGACCACCGGACGGUGGUUGGGGUUGGUGUGUGGUUUUCGGAUCGUUUAUGAUUCAUGUCGUCAGUAAGUAUAUAGUUGAAAAAAAAAAAUAUAUAUAUAUACAUUGUUAUUAUUAUUGUAAUAAUAUAAUUAGGUACCUACCAAUUAAUAAAUACCGUUAUACGAAUCAUCAAUUUUUUUUCCCCUAACUAAGUAGGUAGCUUAGGUAUCUAGUAAGAUACCUAGUGAGGUAACAGUCUAUUUUAUUUUUUUUUAAAUCUACUCGUGUUGUACACUAAAUAUAAUAUUAAUUAUGAGAUUGCAGCUAUUUAUUAUUUACGUUUUAUAUUUAUAUUUAAAUUUUUUUUUUUCAAAUAUUUCUCUCGGGUUCUUAUUAAUUUAUACACAUCAUGAUGCUUUGGCACCAACCCAUAACAAAGUGUGAUGACUUUUUUUUUUCUUUUAUUAUUAUUAUUAUUAUUAUUAUUAUUAUACAUUUGUCCGAAUUCUAGUUUAAAUAUAUACUUAAUAUAAUGUUAUAUAUAUUAAUAUUGUAGUAUCUUGUCCGAUCCCGUUGGUGUUAAAUCAUCAGCCUUGGAAUACUGAACAUUUUUGUUUUCAUUGUUAUUAUUGAGUUUGUCACAUGUGAUAGUUAAAAACCUGUGCCAAUUUACUAAUCAUCACCUGAAUUUUCCCUUACAGAAGUCUAUAACGACACAUUUAAAAUGGCAUUAGAAAAAAUACAUUGUUUUCUUUCUUUCUAAGUUAUAUUAAUUUUGUACACCAGGUAUUUAUCUAUUCAUAAAAUAAUAUAUGGGCUGUAGAUAGUGUUUAUUAUUAUAAUAAUAUAUACAAAAUACAAAUUUAAAGUCACUUUUAAAUUAAUAGGUACUGUCAAUAAAAACUGUUAAAUUUGCGUUUACUAUUUACCUAUGACUUACUAUUAGGACUGUUUCCGAAAAAUCAUAAAUGCAUUGUUAUAAGUAGGUACAUAUAUGUAUUAAAUUGAGUUAUUAAUAAUUUUUAAAUUCAAAUUAAUAUUCCUUAUUUUAUUAAUGUAUAGGUAGUAAAGAAUAGAUAUCAUUUAAAGUGAGUAAGUAAAUAUCAGUUAAAAUUGUAUUUAGAUGGUACUCAACCAAAUUUUUGUUUAAUACUAACAAAACAUUAGUAUUAUAAUGUAGGUUUAGUGUUAGUUCAUAGUAAUAUUACUAAUUACCCAGUAAUUUACCUAAAAUGUUUAAUUUGAUUUUUGAAAUACCUACAUUUAGUUAGUUAAAAUAUAUUAAACGCUUAUUAUAAUAUUUUAUUUGUAUAGUUGUUUUUGUUAUAUUAAUAAUUGAUAAUUUAAAUCAGUUUAGAAAUUAUAAAUACUUUGAUGUCUACUUACUUAUUAUGUUUUGUACAUCUAAAUUACUGAUUCUUUCUUUACAGUAGUUGAAUAAUUUAUUUUAUACUAAUAGUAUAGAUAAAAUAAAUUAUUUUCCAAUGUUACUAAAUAUUAUUUAUCUAAUAUUUAAACAUACCUAAAUAAAGAUAAUUUUAUAUUAGUUUCUAUUUCAUUUUAAUAUACUACAUGUUUUAUUAAAUAUUUAAAGUUAAUCAGGUACAAUUAUUAUCAAAUAAGUAUUCAUAUUUUAAAGUAGAAAAAAACCACAUAGAUUCAAUAAAUAUUAUUCAUGUUCUGAAAAAAAAAUAUUAACUGAAUUGUUGGAUUUAUUGUACUCUUCAAUAAGUUAUCUUUAAAUAGGGUUUGAAGUUCCAUUCAUUUUUAUUUUAUAGCCAAUUUUUUUCUACUAGACUCCAUAAAGAUCAUGAUAGUUGCUAGAUAAUAGCUGAGAAUUUGAAACUAUAAAAAAAAAAUGUAUGAUAGAUAUUACUGAAUUAGAGAACAUGCUGAUAGCAUUACUGCUUAUUUUUGUUCUAGAAUAUUAUGUGCCAUACAAAUUCAAGUAAAUAUUAAUUCAACAUUACUAUUUGUGUUAUGUUUCUAGGUACCAACAUUAUUGUGUGUUUUUCACUAGCAUAACACAAUAAAACUAAUAUUUUAUAAAAAAGAAGUAUAUAUUAGGUAUAUCGUUCAUACACAUAGGGUUUUGUAAUAAUUGAAUGACAAUGUAAAUUUUUCUUUAAUCUGUAGAUACAAAAUGAUUGACAUUGUAUGGUUCAAACUAUUAUUUAUGUUAAACAAGCUUCCGAUGUGGUUUAUAUAUGUUUUACCUUGUGAAUAUUUCUAUUAAAUUCCUAUUAUAUUUUUUGAUACACUUUGUGUUGAUGACUUACAUGUGCGAAAAUAAAUCUAGUUUGGAAUUGUUAAUUUUUGUACCUAUUUAUUAAGUAAUUACAUAUUAUAAUAGAUUAUCAAUUAUGAUGAUUUUGUGUUCACAAUUUUUACCAAUAAAUAAUUUAGGUAUAGUUAAAUUUUUAUCGUACAAUUAAAAUUUCAGGAGGUUAAAUUAGGUUAUUAUUAUUAGGUAUAUGCUUAGAAAAUAUAAUAUAAUAAUGCUAAUUUUGAUUAUGAUGGUAAUUGUAUUCUAAAAUGUAUAAAAGAGAUAAAUUAUUAAAGUAUAAAAUGAUAGACUGUUGUGUUAUGACAGUUUCUGAAGUUGAAAAUUAAAUGCGAUAAUGUUAGACCUCUUGGGUCAGGUAUCAUUAAAUAAUAAUCAUAAGUUUCUUGACAGUUAUAAAGAAUAGAUAAGAAUGUAACACUUUACAUCACUAAGUUAAAUUUUAACUUGCGAUGACAAAUUUUUUUGAAAAUAACUUAAUUAUUUGUAAAAUUUAGGUAUGUUAAUACACAGAUAUUCUGGGAGAAACAAUUAUGUAUUUAUUCAAUUUGUUUAAAAAAAAAAAAAAAACUAUGUAUCUUAUAAAUUCUAUAAUCAUUUUCCAUUGACAAAAUUAUUAUACAACAAUUAAUUUCUUUAUCUGUGAUUUGAUUUACAAUUCAAAAUGUAUUAUAGAUUACAAUAUUAAGUAAUUCACAAGUGAUCAAAAAUUUCUUAAUAUUUUAAGAAGACGAAAUUAUGUGUUAUACCAUUUUUCAUAGAAUUAACUAUGUACUUAUAUUUAUAAAAAGAAGGUAUGUUUAAAUAGAUAUAUUUAUUUCUGUAAAGUAAGAACAUUAAUUUAAAUAUAAUAAGUGGUUUUUUUUUUUUGUUAACAAUAAGUCAUUUAAAUUAAUAAUUAGCUUUUUGUAAUAACUAUAAUAACAUACAAAGUGGUUUGUUUUCGUAGGACAUCUGUUGAACAUUAUCCUAAUAACUGUGUGUGCUACUGUUUGUUAUUGUGUAAAUGUAGACUACUUCAAAAGGUCCUACUAUAGUCAAACAAAUUAUUUGUAAGAUUUACUGUUAAUAAAUAAUAAUUUUUAUCAGCUGAAUUAAUUUCAGUCCUUAUUGAAUGAACUGCAUAGUUCAUAAUAAUUAUAAAAGGACAAACUCAUUAAACAUAGUCAAAUAAUUAUUUAAUUCUUCAUUAUAUAAUAAUAUGUUCAAUUUAAAAAUUUUUUUGUUAAAAUCUUAUUGGUUAAUGACUAUUGUAUAAUAAAUGACAAUUCAACUGCAAUGUUUGGUUUUACUUGUUAUUAAAAAAAUAAUAAUUUUUGCCGGUUCAUUUCAAACUCUUUAGAUGGUCGUUAAGAAUAAUUUUUUGUUAAAUAGUGCAAAACUGAUUAUUAAUAAUUAACCCUGAAUGUUUUUUUUUCUUUAGAUUCCGAGCGUAGCGAGUGAUCUAUUGGUUUUACUAUGAUGUUUAUUAUCUUUUUCUUUGUUCUAGUGUGUAGACACUUUUUUCCUGGUAAACUUGCUCCGAUUUUUACAUGUAGCAACUUUUCUGAAAGCUCAAGUUGUCUAAAUUGUAUUUUUAAAUAAAAGCACUUCUAAGUGUUACAUUUUGUAUAACUUGAGUGUAGAUUAAAAAAGUAACAACGCGAUUGUAAUUUAAUUUUUUAUUACUCUAUAAAUUUACUUAAAUAUAAUAUUUUGUUGAUUUUCAACGCCAUAUUUUAAAUAAAAUCAAAAAUAAGUCGGAAAAAAACGUAGGAAAACAUACAAUUUUGCGAUUUCAUUAUUUUAUAAAACCACGGACGUUUUCUACCAGAAAAAAUAAUUUAAUCGGAAAAUCAUAAGAUACCUUUUUUUGUUGCCUUUUUGAUUUACUUUCUUACGGUAUCAUUGCCUAAACUUUUCAGGUUUUAAGGAAUUUUUUUGCUGUAAUUCGGUUAUAAAUACACUUAGAGACUCGAAACUUCGUAAUAAUACUUAUAUUGAACUUACCUAGACAUGUCAAAUUUCCAAAAUCAUCGGACGUUUUUUUUUUAGAUAAGCGUUUUGAAAUCAAAUUUAAACGAAAAUCGCAAAAAAAAAUUACGGCACUUCAAAUUAUGUAUUACCGAACUGCGGUCGGAAUCGUCUUUCGUCAAACAAUAGGUUAUCUUUGCUACAGAUAUAAAUAAAUUAGCCUUAUUUAUGUAUCCUUCCUUCCCAACUUCUCAUCUACAACAGUGGCCGUUUCCAUCCCCAGUAUCAGCUCUUUUUUUUAUUUAAAAUUUAUAUUACCUAAUUCAAAUUAUUGUUUUUCAUAAACCAAUAGAGAAAUUACUUCUAUACGUACCACGAUUUGUCUACUCUUUAUAAUUUAUCUAAUUAUGAUUUUAAAUAGGCAGGGAUUAAUUAUGUAAAUUGGUUUUUUUUAUAAUUUUCGAAUAUCCAAUUUGCUAAUUAUUUAAUUUUUUAUAGUCAAACAUUAUAAUCAUUAGAAGAACCGUUUAAAAAAUAAUAACAAUCGUAAAUUGUACAAAUUCAAUUAAAUAUUAUGUAUUAUUACCUAUUCAUAUUAGUAGUUAUUUUUAAUAUUUAUUUAAUAUGUACUUAAAUGGUUUUGUAUUGGUUAUUUCGCCUACAUUCUGACACCUAUAAAAAUGUAGAUGUUAAUAUUGUGGUUAUCAUUAUAAAACCUAUUUUUGAUUAUUAAAUGAAGCAUUUUUCAUAUAGGCUAGGAGUAUUAGUCCACGGGAUUGAGUGUCUUAUUUAUAUUUGAAUUCAAACAAUAAUUAAUUAGCCAAAUAUCAUUAAAACAAUAAUGACUUCUGAUUAUUAAUAAUUGUAUUUAAUUAUAUUAUUUGAUCUAAAGGGGUCCACAUGAAUGAUAAUAAUUAUAAUUGUUUUUCUUUCUAAUAUUAUUUGGUGGGUAGAUUAUGGGUACCUACCCAAUAUUUAUCAACCCAAUUUUACUUAUUUAUAAAAUACACAUUACAAAUGAUUAGUAUGGUCGCCUGUUAUUUACUCGGGUAUUUUAUUACAAACUUAAUUUUAGUUUGUAGGUAUCUUAUAAAUUAAAAGUAUGUUUCAAUGACAUAAUGUCAUUAUCUCAAAUACGAACCUAUACAGUUUAAAUUUAAAAUAUAUCUUGAUUGUUAAAAAUUAAAAUACAUAUAAAAAGUACCUAUUUAAUAAAUACAAAUCGAAGUUAAAUCUACUUAAUCUUAUGACGUUUUCGUAAUUUUUUUGGUUUCAUAAUAAUAUUUAAUUCUAGGUAAUCUAAAAAUUAAUAACAAUAAUAAUAAUAAUAGUACUGACUUGUAAAUUUGUAUUUAUUUUUUUCCCCUAGCUGACGGAGUAACUUAUUCAUUUGGAGUUUUAUACAACGAAUUCCUUAACGUGUUCCAAGGUAGUAAAGGAGCAACUGCGUGGAUCGCGUCUUUAUUGGUUGGAGUCACGUUAUGUUCAGGUAAUAAUAAUUAUUAAAAGUGAUUUAUUUACACGAUAUUAACAUUACGAUUGGGUUUGUGUUAGUUUGGAGGCAAAUAAAGCAUUUUACACAAUGCAUAUUCUAUCAAUAUUUAUGUAUCGAAUAAGAAAGAUUAUUUUCGAAAGUAGGUGGCGUCGUCGAUUAGGCUACCCCGUUAGUACAAACUUGAAACUUGGUUUUAUAAUAUUGUCAUGUUAUUAAUUAAAUACAAUACCUAUACGUUUUUAUCACGCACACGGCAUUUCGUCCGGUCGGCGGUAUUUUUGUGCUUGAAUCGUGUCGCUCGUGCGAUUUUUUGAGCAGGUUUGACAGCAUUGAAUUUAAAGGAUUUAUUACCUAUUUUACGAACAUUCCCGCGUGCCGAACAUCAAAGUCGGAUCCUUUGAUCCAGUGGCGUAUCUAGGAGAGAAGAGGAUAGCUUAGAAGUAUUCAGCUUAACCCGUUGGUCGUGUUAAAUAGAAAAAAAAAAUUAAAAUAAUAUUAAUUAUUCAGUUGUUUUUUGGUCUAGUUUUUUAUUUGCUCUUACCCACACCCCCUCUUCACAAUGGAAAGUAUCGGAUACGCUAUUGCUUUGAUCGUGUAUACACCCGUUUACGGUCAAUCGACUUAAUAUUAUAAUAUUAUCUUUUCAUUUAGAAACAUUGUAAUAUAAUACUCGUAGUACCUAAUACAAUUAAUUUUAAACGCAUAAUUGCAAAGUUAAACGCGUACGUUAAAUAGAUAGAUGUGGGUACAUAUAAAACAUUAAAUUAUACAGUCGAAUGCAUAUAGCAUAAUAUAAUACAUUUAUUAGACUCUGAAUGUAGCGAAGAAUGUAUUGGUUUUACAAAAAUGAUUUUUUUUUUUUAUUUUUAUAUAUAUACUAUGUACAAAAAUUCGACAAUAUAUCUUAUUCAGAUAUAUAUGCGCGGUACUAUUUCUGAAUGAGAAUGUUGUCCAGAUAGUAUUUUUGGGAAGUCAUUUUUUGAAUUUUUUAUUUUCCAAGCGGUUUUUGUAAUAUCUGGGAAAAACCAGGAUAAACCGUAAGAAAAAUGGAAUUUUACAAAAAUAAUGCUUUAUUAUUUUUCAAUUUUUUUAUUUGUUGUAAUUCAGUUAAAAAUAUUCGUAUCAAUUCGAUGAAAUUAAAAUUUGGAUAAAAACUUAUAUUUGCCUUUUUCAGGCGUGGUAAAAUUUGCAAAAAAUGUAAGCCAUUUUUGAGGUAUUUAUAGACAUUUUAAUUUUGAGAGUUUUGUAGUAUUUUUACUUUUUUGGAAAAGAAAUCUGACUGGGAAGGGAGUACUUUAGGGAGGUAAUUUUUCAAUUUUCCCAGUAGUUUGAUUAACUGAACUGCGCUCAGAACUGUUCUUUCGUUAGCAAUGGUUUAUCGUUGCUUAUAGAUAUACAUUAAAUUACCUAUAACAGUGACUGCACCCGUCUCUAUUAUCCUAGGACGUAUUUUUUUUUUUAAAUUAAAUGUGUAUCGGCUUUGUGAUGUUUGCUGAGCGAUUGGACGAGGAGAAGCGAUUUUUGUUUUGCCUCUCAACGGUCCGGUAAUAUUACUAUAAGUUUGUCGGUGAGAAGUUCCGUGUAAAAACCGGAGUACUCCGUGGAGGAAACGGUGCAUUAGUCGAAUAAAAUGAUUUCCUUUACGACCCGUUUGAUUUGUUUUUUUUUACUUUCGAUUGGUUUAAUCGUGAUUGGCUAUGACGGAGACUAGUUUUAACAGGGGAGAGGAAGACGAGUUGAGUAUAUGAACGUGAGUAACUUAUAUUCUUCUCUCGGUCUGUAGUUGGUAAGUUUUUUCUCGUUCUUGUUUUCGGCCGGCUCUCGUAUCGAAGUAUAUUAUACUCGUACAAUAAUGCUGUUAUUUUAGAGAGUACAUGUCUCGGGGUCGUACUAUUCGGAUGAUAUUGUGUGAAGCACGGUUACCGGUUAGGUCGUCUGGGGAUGUGGUUAUAUUUUAUAAUUGUGUUUAUCUAUUGUAAUAAAAUCUGAUUUCAAAGUAUUCGGGUAGGAAGAACCUUUUUUUUUUUACCUCUCUCUGUCUCUCUCCGUGACUGUUGAAAUUAUUGUAGGUUUUUAUCGAUAUUGUUGUGUGUGUACACCGCCACGGCCGGGCGUUAAAUUCCUAAACACGAGCCUGCGAACCAUAUGUGCGUGAUUUUUUUAUACCAACGGUGUCCAAUCCUAUAAUGAAUGCUUGCGACAUGGCAAACUACUCAUUGUGUCGUGUACGUCUAUAGACGCGUACUACGCAUUUCGAAUAAAAUAUUCGAAAUUAUAAGUACGGCGUAUUUAAAUACGUAAUAAGUGCUUUUUUUUUUUUUUUUAAAAAAAAUAAAAAAACACUAACAUGUCUGUACAUUUUGGAAAAAAAAUGACAUAAUUCCCUUAUCUUUAAAUUUCUUUGUUUGUAUUUAUAUUCCAAUUUCAACCUAUAAUCGCCACAGUUUACGUUCAAAUAAGUAUAACGUAAUUUUGACAUAUUGGCCGUUAGUAAGACCGAACCAAUAAUUGAAUGGACAAUGUUAUUCUCCUCUUCUUUUGGAUUGUAGUUGAAAUAAUCGAUUUUUCAAAAUUGAUUUCAAAAUUCUUUAUUUUUUUUUUAUAACGUGGAGAUUUACACAAUCAUCUAAUUAUUUAAUGAUGUAGAAUACAAAACUGAUGCACAUACUCAUCAUUAACAAUAUUUUUUUUGCACCAUAAAUAUUACAUUUUUCACUGUAUAGUACGUGUCUAUCACUGGCUGUAGUUAAGUUGCGGCCCGGAUUGUUAUUUUCGAUGUCGAAAAGUUAUUUUGACCCCUGUUAAACUUUUAGGUCUUAGGUUAGUUGCGGCCCGACGAAUCCUUUUUAUUUAGAAAUUGUCUGGGUGUUAUAAUACCUAGUUAUAUUAUAUUUUAUUAUUUAUAAAGUACCAUAUUAAAGCUAGUAUCUAAUCUAAAAUAUAACGACAGACGAUAAAACAAUACUAAACACGUCGUUAUACACUAGCUAUAUAUAAUAUGGAGUGGCCACUAAUCUUAAUUUUAGGAGCUGCAAAUUUAUAAAGCUAAUUUGAGGCGAGCUACAUUGUAAAGCGAUGUUUAUAAAAUGAAGACACAUUUUUCAUUUUAAAUCAAAUAAAGGAACAUUUAUAUUUUAUACUACGCAAAACAUUAUUAUUAUUGAUAUUAUUAUUAAUAUUAUUGUUGUUUUAUUUAUGAGAAGUGCUUAUUCGAAUGUUCAUUUUUUCUGUGCGUUUUGGCUUCGUUGUGGCCACCUCUGACUUUCGUUAAUGUGUUACUUGAAGUUCAAUCUGAGAUUUAUAUAAAAUUUAGAAGCAAUAGAUUAAAAACGAAGAAAAUGUGUGAAAAAGGAGCUCUUUUCUGGGUAACACUAAUAAAUUGAUGUAAGGUGGUAAUUAUUAUGUGACCGAAAUUCGUACGUCCCUCUUAUAAACUCGGGCCGCAAUUCACCGACACCGAUAUUUUCAAUAUGAUGCCGGGACGGUGGUGCCCAUGAAUUUUCAGUGAGAGGGCAUGUAAUAAAUAGUAGUCGUGACUCAUGAAUAAAUUUUGAAAUUUUCAUUUGUUAUACCUAUAAUUUGAAAAUGAGAAUUUAAAAACUGGAUUCAAAAAAGGCCAAUUAUUAUUAAAUUAUUUAAUAGUUCAAGCUUCUUUUCUUUGGAACUUGGCUGAAGUAUACAAAUUCAAGAUAGAAUUACUAAAAAAACACUCAUAGUUGUUGUACUUAUGUAAUUAACAAUAAACGAAUAGGGGAGGGGAGAGGAUAUACCUCUAACGUCCCUAUCCAUUCUCACGCCACUGCGCUGGGGAAAAAAUCGCUGCUCUGCAAUGGGUAUGUGUUUUGUAUUUUUGCUAAAUACAUUUUUUCUCGAAAUGUUAUCAUUUUAGAUAUUAUUUACUUUUAAAUUAUACACUGUUAUAUUAUACUGUACACGCUCUGCGGGUGGAUGUUCACUUGAAUGGUAAACAGCGUUAUCGAUUAAAUACUGUUCCGGCAAUAUAGUUGCAAUAGUUGUCGUGGAUAAAUUAUCUACAAAUAGACACAGACGAAAGAUUGUGGGUGGAUUUUAUAAUAUUUGCUUAGUUAGGCGCUAUUUAUAAUCAUAAUAAUAUUCGUAAAGUUAAAAUAUUCAAUAAAUUUAUCAAAACAGUAUGCCGGCGCGUUGCAUCUCCGUGGCUACUGUUAUCUUGUUUUUCUAGUUUUAUUUUGAUAAUAAUAAUUUUAUUUAAUGCGAAAUAUAAUAUGAUCUCGACAAAAUUAUUAUUAUUUUUGAUUAUGUGAUCGAACUUCAUUCGACGAAUUUUCGUUAACGCAUUUCACUCUGUAGUAACAUAUUGUUUACACAUGUAAUUAUGUUUUUACUUGACCAAUAAAAUAAUAAUCUUUUUUUCCUUGGUGUCCGGUUGGUAUCAGUGUAUCACGCGCUCCAUCCUGUAGGCCUCCUCUAAUCCUGGCCACAUCAAUAUUCCACUCACCUGUAGUUUGUCUCACGCAUCAAGAUAAUAACAGUGAAAAACCGAUUCGUAGUCGUUUACUCCUUAAUGGGCGUAUGCUGUAAUAUGUGUAGUAUAUUGUACAUACUACGUUGGUAUAAACUAUAAAGGCAAUUUAUCGUUAAAGUUGCAAUUAUGUAGCGUAUGACCUAUAAUUUUAUUAUAGUUGAUUUUAUCGUAAAUAUUAAUUUUUUUUUUUUUCAUAAUUGACCACGCUUAAAAACCAAUUUCGUUCAAAACGAUCAUGAUAGAUAUAAUACUAUUAUGCGAGUAUAAUACAAGUUCUACACGGCAUACCUAAUAAUAAUACAUAAGCUCUUACCUAUGCUCAUACACCCUGUAUAUUUGUGUUUUAAUGAUAGUAUACAUAAUAUUAUAUUAUUUAUAUUAUAAUUUUGUUUUCUGUCUUUUCUAUAAUUCGAUAUGUUAUUAAUUUUACUUUGAGGUAUUCGCUUAUGCAGAUUUCGUCAGUUUUGUGUAUUUCGUUUGUUACUCGUGCAUUUAACUAGGUGUCAAACUGUUAAUUAUUUUAAAACCCAUACUUGUUUUAGUUGUAAAUUUACAAGGUUAGGAUUACCAAUUUUUUUUUUAUCUAAUCUUGGUAUAUUAUUUUUCUCCGAUCACAGUAUACGAGUAUAUAUAUGUAAUACUAUUAUAGAUAUUUCUAAAUAUUGUAUAUUUUAUAUUUAAUAAUAAUUUAUUUUAAUUUUAUAUACAUAUAUAUUUAUUUUGAAAAAUAAAUUAAUAACAAUAAUUAAACAAAAAAAAAAAAAUGCGUCGAAAUGUAGUUGCGUUAAAUGACGUGCGUUGAAAUGUGCCUUGUGCCCAAUUGUCUCGCGUCGAAAUGACGCGACACUGUUUAAAAGUUUCUCGUGUGACGUUUGUUUUUAUGCAAAGAAUACCAGGCAUCAUUUUUCAAGAGUACCUUUUUAGAUAGAUAUAUUAUAAUUAAACAUGAGCCCGUGGUCUUCGAGAGCGGUUAUUUUUGAAAAUUCUCACAUAUUUAUCUCGAUAUUAAAAUAAUAUCUAUAGGUAUUUAUUUGUGUUUACAAUACGAAUUUCAUUUACAACAAUAAAAUUGUUUGUACGAUUUGUAUUAUCGAGUUUUAUCGGCAAAAACUCAUCCGUCAAUUCCUUCGAGUUCAUUUUCUAACAGUUAGAUUAGGUACUGUAAAACGCUCGUUUUCCGUUACCUAUCUAUUUUUGAUUACAAGUUAUAAAAGGCUUAAAAGGAUUAUAUAAUUUGUCCGGAGAAAAUUAUCUCAAAUCUCCGAGUGUAUUUCACAUCUAAAGUUAAUCGAAUACAAUAUAAUAUGUGCAAUAUUAUAUUAUCUAUAUUGUGUAUCCGCUCAAUUACACAAAUACCGCACUGUUGUAAAGUUUGUAAUAUAGCCUUGAGCUCCGCUAAGUCUUUCUCUCGCAUACAUAUUAUAUUUGUUUUUUUUUUUUUGUUCCGUUUUCUAAUUUAUAUUAUUACUGUCAUUUAUAUAUUUAUAAAAAUAAGAAUGACAAUAAUAUAAAUGUAACAAUAAGAAAAGUCUUUGUGAUCCUAUAAAGCAGUGAGGCAAAAGCUCUUAAAACAAAUAUCAUAUAUGUACAUACCUUCAUUCAUAACGGGUUUUUUUCGUCUAUCCAUCGAUUUUAAUUGACUGGUACAUAAUAUUAUAUAAAUCAGGGAUGAUAAUAUUCAUGUAGCGUACAGUAUGUAUAUACAACAUUUUUACAUUUGAUAAACAAUUUAAUGAUCAAUAUUUCUAUAUAAAUUUCUUGAUCUUUAUUUUAUGUAUAUCAUUUUUUUUUUUUAUAUCAAUUUAUGUACUUGCGAGUUGUAAUUUUCUUACUAUUAAACCGAAAAUGCAUGUGCACUAAGUUAUACAAAUAAUACAAAUUUGGAAUAAAUAAUAGGUUCCUAAGUAAAUUAUAUUACAGCUUAUGUUAGGUGUUAGUAUAUAUCAACUAGGUAUACAUUGUAUAUACUGUUUAAUGUUAAUGUUUUACAGCUAAACUGGACAUGACAGGGUAUAAAAGAGCGUGAUAAAAAAUAAAAAUGUAAAACAUUAAUUGUAUAAAUAUAUUAUAAUAAUAGUAGGUUUUAUACGUAAAUUGGAUGGAAGUUAAUGGGGAAGUUAUUCGCACUAAGUGUUAUACGUAUAAAACUAAUGGUUUCAUAAUGUACAUUGUAUACGUAUGUAUGAAGCGUAUUACACGUAUAUCAUAUAGUAGACCGUAUUAUCCGUUACAACCUUGAUAUACUAUGCAUUUUACUAGCAACAAGUAGGACGGGGUCUUAGGGGGUCCUUAUGGAUCUUAAUACACCACUUAUGGUGCAGUAUUUAGCUAUGCACACGCUCAUUUUUAUUUUAUUGGUAAAAAGUCUAAUUUUGUAAUUUGAUAAGCCGUAUCGUUAUGGUUGUAUUCUUCAUCUACAUAAAUCAAUUUACUAGGUGAUAUCGAUUAUUAAAAAUCGUAAAUAGCGUAUGAUGGACUUUGAACGGAAAAAUGCAAUUUUGAAAUACUUAUAUUCUCUUUACAUUCCUUAAUGUUCUGAGAACAUUGAAAUUUAAAUCAAGUAUUGGAAAAACUUAUAAUGAAUUUAUGGGUUUAUUUUUUAUUAUUAUUAUUUUUUUUAAUAAUCAUUGAUAAAUUGAAUCAAAUAUUAAUAAAAAUAAAUUAUUAAUAUGGACCUAGGUGGCAACCCCAGUCCACCCUAUUGAUUAUUAAUUAUUUAUCUACAAUAAUGAAAAGUGAAGUGUAAUUGAGAUUGCUAUUGUAAAUAUAAUUAGUAUAUUAUAUUGUAUAGUAAUAUUAUAUUAUUUUAUUAGCGAGAUGGUGAGAUUUUGAAGUUUAACGUUGAACUUUACGAACAACUAUAGUUUGCUAUUUUACUAUAGUUGAUACCAGAGCAUCGUGUAAACGACCAGCCAGAUUUUAACUGUUAACUAACAACAUUAUUACGUUUUUAACCAACAAAACGAAUAUUUCAUUUUUGCUAGCAGUUAAACUACUAGUUAUUAGUAAAAAAAAAAAAAAAAAACCAAGAGGUGGUAUCCCGGCGUCUUUUGUUGUAUUCCGAUUGGUCGUAAAAUCGAAAAAGGUAUCUAUAACAUUCGGUAACCAAGAAUUACUCCUGCGAAAUUUCCAGCGUUGAGUCGUGAAAUGUUUGCAAUAGUUGAUUUUUUCUGUGUUAUUAGCAUAAUAUAUACAAUCGGGUGGUGGUCAUAGCUAUAUAGUUUAUUAUAAUAAUAAAAUUAUGCUAUACACCAAUAUAUUUUUAAAGUUUAUUAUUAAUUAUUAAUCAGGUACCUAUAUAAUAUUAUUUGACUUCAUUUUUCAAUUGACAAUGUACAUUGUACAUUAAUAUAAAAUAAUAUAUUGUAAAUUAAUUUACCCGUAAACCUAUAUUCAUAUUUGUCCGCCCAAACGGUCUACGCCCAUGGAAUGACACUUCUCAGCGCGGUCUAAAAACGCUGGAAUGGUUGACCAAAAUAGAACCAUCUUUUUAAAUGAAUUAAAUUUCAAUGUUUCUCUAGAGCGUUUUAUGAGCACAUCCUCUUUGGCGUUAGUGUUACUACUAUAAUAUCCGUACAGUCAACGCGAUAUAUUAUAUCGAGCUACAUAAUUUCCGAGCUAAUUUCAAUCUACAGAGUAGAUAUUAAUACAAUAGAUAAUAAUGUAUUAUGUCUAUAUAGUGCACAAUAUAAUAUUAUAGAGGUAUAAUUCAAUUUAUUUGUAUGCGAUGUGUUCUGUAUAUUCAUUAAUAUUAUUAUUCUUUUUUAUUAACUACUAUAUCCAUAUUUGGAGUAGGUGGAGUGCACAUGUUAUUCAGUGGGCAAACGAUGCCUAUGAUCUUAAUAAAUUUAUUGUAUACAAUCGGGUUAUAAAAUUUAUUGUACCGCUCUAAGGUUUCAUUAAAAUUAUUAUUUGUGCGCGAUCGCAUUUAUAGUAUAGUAGAGCCAGAAGACUUGCAGUAUGUAUAUAUAUAUUCUAUAAUAAUAAUAUCUUAUACUCCGUAUAACGUAUAUCUCUAAUAAUAAUAACUGCAGUUGUCAAACUAUAAACGAUACGGGUCUUAAACAAGUGUGUUUUAAAUUUAAAACGAAAAUUAUGUAUAUAAUAUGUAUCAUUUAAACGUGUUAUGCAAAAUAGCUUCUUUAUAUUCCUCCAGAAAAAAAAAAAAUCACCUUAAAAUAGAACGGAAUUUAAUUUUUGCAAUUUUUGUUUUACAUUCUGUAAAACAACCUGUACAUGUGAAGUUAGAUGGCUUGACGGCCAGCUAGGCUGACCGUGACGACUGCCGCUAAAAGCCUAAUUCGUACAAUAUAACUUAACGCUAAGUUACACAUUUCGGGUAUGAACUUAUAUUUACCUACAAAUAAUGGGCUAUAAUUUACAGUUCGUCUGGAACGAUUUGACCGUGAGGAAGACAACUUGAUAGACGUCCCGUGCAUAAUUAUUAUUUAUUACAAAAAUAGUGUUUUAAUUAUUAAACGCACGAAAUCCAAAUAUAUUGUCAAUAUAACUGUUAAUAUAAAUUGUAACUUUCGUUACCUAUACAAUAAUAAUAUAACGGUAAGGAUUAAAAUUACUGUCGUGAAUGCAUUCGAAAUUAUUUGUAUACCUAUACAGUUUUAACGAAUACCUACUGCAAUAUAUUGUUUAUACUUUAGAAAAUGAUUCUUUCAAAAAAAAAAAAAAAAUCCGUUGAAAUUUAAGUUGGUAUCUGUAUAUAGUAGUCGUAUAUUAUUUAUGUUUUCAUAUUAUACGUUAAUACUUGGGUUAUUAUUCAUAAUGAAUUUAGUAAGUAGCAAAGUUGUAAUAAAUCAUCACUGUAUAUGUAUAGAAUAGGUACUCGUAUUUCACGUCGUUAAAAAACUAAAAAAGAAUGUAUAUUUUCAACGAGUGAUUCAGUAUAUUAUCAUAUCGGUACUUAAUAAUAUGUACUGUAUUUCUGUAUUUUAUAAUAUCUAUAUGUGUAGCAUUCGAACGUUUGUAGAUAAAUAUAAGUAUAUUUGGUUUUUUUUAAUUGCAUUAUUAUUCGAAUUUCACAAAAAAAUUAUAUUAUUACGAUACUAAUAACGAUGGGCGGCCACGGUGAUUAUAUUCAACGAUUGUUCCAGCAUAGGUACCAUUAUAAUAUGAAUUAUUAGCGGCAUGUGGCGAGGUGCAUAAAACAACGCUACCGUAAUAGUAUUUAUGAGGAACGUCUAUAACUCAUUAAUAAAAAAAAAAAACGUUUAAACCUCCGUUAGAUGCUUAUAAGUAAUACCGCGGGCGAACGUUUUCCAUGUAUGGUAAAGGCAACACUACACCUGCAGGAUUCCGGAAGCUGCAGUACAGAAUAAACGGUUUCGAUUUUUUUUCCUCCGUCGUCCAUUCGCCGUUUUACCGCGUCGUUUUUUUUUCUUUUAUUCGUCGUGUGUAGUGAACGGAUUCUAUCGUUAACACAUACAUUUAUCGGAAUGCGAAAUAUUUUUAAUCCGAUAAAAAAUGCUCACUAUAAUUUUCAGAUAAUUUCCUCCAUUUUUUCCCCGUAUGGUUUUCAUUCGAUUUUCGACGACAAUAAAAAUUAUCUGCGUUAUCUGUAAAUGACAUUCAUUUGUCAACAUUGGAUAACGAUAGAUAAUGCUACAGUAUAAUGUUAUGCCUAGAUAUUCUACUAAUAUCAGAUCUUUGCAUUCUUUGUAUUCUUUGCAUCGUAGCUGAUAUUUUUCGUCUCCGUGUGUCGGAUUUGUGUAGUUAUUUUUGUAAACAAUUGUUUAGAAUGCCUAUAGUCACGAGUAUAUUAAAUAAUAAGGCUUUUUUUAAAAUUAUUUUAUUUAUUUUUUUAUUUUUGUGAAGCGGUAUUUACAUAUUGCUUUAAUUUAUUUACAUAUUAUGCCAAUAAAAAUAAAUACAUAUUAUAGGUUUUUUAUUACAUUAAAAUGCGUUCUCUAAUUAUAUAAGAAAAUAAUGUUAUAGAUGGGUACGUCGGUUUACAUAAUAUUAUGUGAUACAGUAAAAUGUCGCGUCGUCUAACCCAGUUUUCCUCACUGUUGAUCGAUCAAAUAUUAUAAUAUUAUCAUUAUCAUUACCCUUGUAUUUCUUUAAUCAAUAUAUUAUAUUUGUUAUUGAUAAUUAAUAAUAGAGCUUUUGACGUUUUAUUUUUUUAUUGCCGAGGUGCGUACCUUUUCUGCGAUUUUCCAUUUCUCUUGUAUUAUAUACUGUCUAUUAUGUAUUAUAACCCAAACUUCAAUCGCUCAUUAUCAUAAAUAAUAAUACCCGUGCAAUAUAUUAUUAUUAUUAUUAUUUGUUAUGCGUAUUAUAUUAUUUAUAUAUCAUUAUUUACAAUCAAUAUUCGAUAUUUAUUAUGCUAUCAACGUUUUACGAAAAACUUAAUUUGUUAUCCGUGAAAGCGCUGUCUCGAUUCUUCAGAAUAACACAUAAUAUGAAAUCGAUAAAAAUUGAAUUUUUUACAACAAACAUUUUCCGUUUUAUUUAAAAAAAUCUUAAAAUAUAAUUCAAUAUGUAGGUACAUUUAUUCCCACUCCCUCCCUGAACGAGGGCUGGAUGUAGUCCGUGCAAGCUUUUGAGAUAACCUCGAUCGGUCGGUUGACUUUUUAUUUACAAUAAACUAAGUGUAUUUGCAGGAUUCUAUGAUAUUUUUAUGUAGUUACGUAGAAAAUUGUCAAAUUCUGUAGGUACGCCUUGUAUAAAAAAUAAUACAAUAUUUUCUGCACAAAGUAUACAAUUUUCUAUACAAACCCACUUAUACAGGGCGUUCCACUAAAAUAUACCCAUUGUAAUAAUAUAUUCGGACAUAAUAAAGAUGGUCAAAUUCUGUUUUUUUUUUUACAUUACUCACAGGGAUAUGGGUUAUAAAAAUUUAUUAUUAAAUUAUUUUAUAUGUUUUAAAAAGAAAAUUAAAAAAAUAGCUUUCCACUAAUAUACUAUGAUGAACUAUACUAUGGUUAUACAUACUAUGACAAUUAUUCGUUUGUUGAUCUCACGAUUUUGAGGGAAAAACAAUUUAGUUAGCAAUUUAGUAGUAACGGUAUCGUUUAAAAAAAACGGUUAUUAAAGCAAUUAAAAUUAUACACGCUUAAUGUUGUAUAAUAUAUCACUUGUGUGUUCACAUGUGAAUUUAUAAAUGUGUCAUUGUUAAAACAGUCGUCACUAUAAGCCUCGUCGUUAUAAUAAAUAUUUUGUUAUAUUAUUACAGGACCAAUUGCCAGUAUUUUCGUAAACAAAUACGGUUGUCGCGCGGUAACCAUUGUCGGAGCCAUAUUGGCUAGCGUGUGUAUGAUGGCCAGUGUAUUAGCCAACAAUUUGAUCACUCUGUACAUAACCAUCGGAUUUGGGACAGGUAAAUUAUUAUUAUUUUUUUAAUUUUGUAGAAAAUAUAUAUAUAUAUAUAUAAAAAAAAAAGCGCCCAGUCGGCUGUGCAUCGUAUGCAACGUAUCGAUAUCGAUUUAUUAAGUAUAUCUAAACCUUAAUUAACCAGAGUGUGAGAAGUUAAAUAUCAUUUGCCAUUUAUUAUACCUAUUGCGGGUUCGCCUAUAAUUAAUUAAGCUUCCUAUUUGUCCGAACCGGUAAUUCAAAUCGAUUCGCGGUGUAAAAAAAAAAAAAAAUGGGGCCCUAUAAUUUUCAAAAAAAUAGUUAUUUAAAAGUUCAUUAAGUUUAAAACGAACACAAAAUAGUUUUACUGAACGUCAUAUUAUAGUUUCUUAGAAAGUGAUAUCAAUAUCAAGACCUCGUACGAAGCAAUAAUAUUGGAAUAUUUGAGGUUAUGUUCUAUGAUUAUUUUACCUUAUCAGACGUACCGGGGAAGAACUGAUCCCGUCUUUAUUAAUAUGAAUUUUCGGUACACUAUAUUUUCUGUAUUCCUACAUUCUGCCUUUUUUUUCCCUAGAACUUUAUAUGCGUUUAAAAAAUAUAUAUAUAUUAAUUUCUAUUUGAAUCUGUGUGGUAUUUCGUUAAUUAAUUUAUGUAUAUUAUAUGCAUUGUAUAUACCUACUUAACAUAAACGAUAAAACAUAUAAAACAAAAUCGAAAUCAAAAAAGUUUUGAACAAUAACAUAAUGUUAUUGUUAUUGUCGCUUGUAAGGUGGUAUUGUUAUAAUAAUAUAGCCUUGAAUAGUGUUCGCAAUGAUAAUUAAAAAAUAAUAAUAAUCGCAAAUAUCACAAUAUUCCUGCAUACAUAUAAUAUUACGACGAUGCUAUUGUUCGUUUAUCGCCAGCCGAUGAUUAUCUAUAGAUAAUACGAAACUGUUGAGUUAAUUUUGAUUUUGUAUUUUUUUUUCAACAGAUUCGGUAUCGUAAUGAUUUUAUUUAAAGAAUUUUCGAUAUUUUACUAACACAACAGUAUUUGUAUACAAACAUACAAUGAUAUAUUACUAAUCGUGUCAAUUAUAAACCGAUUUUCAAAUAGUAGUCCGUAUUUUUUCCUUAUCUCUAUUAUUCUGAGUGGAAUGAGUAAUAUAUAUUGGUUUUAUUAUGAUGUUUAUUAUUAUUAUUAUUUUUUUUUUAUAUACUGUGUAAAAAAAUUCUAUCAGAAAUGUUGCUUCGAUAUAUACGUGCGGUACCAUUUCUGAAAGGAAAUAUUGUUUAGAUGGUACUUUAAAGAGGUCAGUUUUUGAUUUUCUUAGCGGUUUUCAUAAUAUUUGGUAAAAACCCGGAUAAAAAGUAAGAAAAACGGGAAAUUUACGAAAAUAAUUCUUUUAUUAUUUUCAAAUGUUGUUAUUUGUUGUAAUUCAGUUAAAAAUAUUUGUAGAAACUUAAAAUUUGGACUGAAAACUUAUAUUUACCUUUUCUAAACAUGGUAACAUUUUUAAAACAUUAAAAUCAUUUUUUUGAUUUUCCCUGGAGUGUUUUCCCGAUAAAUGGAAAAAUCCGAAAAAUAGGUAUAAUAUUAAACAAAUAAAAAAGAAAAUAUAUAAUGCAUACUAUGCUAUCAUUUUAUCAUAAUGUGACUUAUAUAUAUAUUGUUAAUAAAGCAACAUUAUUAUUAUUAACCUAACUCUGCUUAUAAUCAUUUUACGUUAGCAAUGGUUAACCGUUGCGUACAGAUAUACAUUAAAUUUCCCCUCUACCUUCCCAACUUGUUACCUACAAAAGUAGCUCACCCGCGUGCGAAGUCCGUGUCCGUCUUUAUUUUUUAGUCGUUUCUUUUUAAAAGUGAAUAUGUACUCAUGAUUAUUCUUAUUUUGUUACUUAAAAUCACGAUUAGUGUAUAAUAUAACAAAUAUAUGCAGGGAAGUUCGAUACAAGUUUUCAUCCGUGUUUCCAUUAGCAGUAUAGACAAUCGCUGGUUCGUUGUGAAAAUAAAACUACCUCUGCAUAUUAAUAUUUUACGCAAUUUAGUUGUGUUCAAGCGAAAUAAAGUACAUUAUACUAGGUCCCUGACAGUAUAACGAGAUUUCGGUUGGAUUGCCACGCAGUUGCUAAAAUAGGAAUUUACAAACAAUUAUUAAUGAAAACUUAAUAUUAAUUAGUUGCGAUAUUAUUAUUUCCUCUUUGUGCGUUAUUGGAUUAUUGUAAUAAACGGUUAACGCUUUUUGCACAACGUUCAUAUACCGGCAAAUAAUAUGGUAUUAUAUUGGAUUAUCACCGUCCGUUAUUGUAUAUUCGGUUUAAGAAUAUUUUAUUUAAUUAUUGUUGUUGAAUCAAAAUUGAAUUAUAAAAAAAAAAAUACACCUCUUUUUCUAUGUUGUAUUAUUUUUUUUAAAAAAUUUGAAAUGUUCAACAUUAAACACAAGGCUAACGUUUUUUUUUUUUUUUUUUAUUAUUAUUAAAUUAGUGAUUCGGGAGGAAUAAGCAUUUAGCACUAGAGAUGCGUAAAACACGCGGUUUUUGCCUUCGAGUUAUUUUAUGUGUUUCGUAUUGUAAAAUAAAAACACCGUACUUCUCGUAUCUCUACUUCUUCUUAUGUUAGGUUAAGCCGUCGUAAAACUAUUCGAUCUGCGUCAGGAAAAAAAAAAUUAUAUAAUUCAUAAUACGUUACGCAAAUUGUCUUGAAUGUCGUUGCAACUUGCAGUGUCAAUUUUUUAUUUUUCAGUUUAAUUUUUUCCUUGUAUAGACAAGGGGAAAAUAUAUACAGCUUAGAUUUGCAAAUAUUUUCCGCGCACCGCCCUUAACGCUUUUUCCCAGUAGUUCCUUAUAAGAAAAUUUAGAAUUUCAAGGAAAUACUCGUAAUUAGUUGUUUAACACGUUCGCUUUAAAUCAUUUCCAUUAACGUGCCAUGACGAUUAUUAUACACGUAUAACACGCGGAUGCAUUCACAUUUUUAUAUUAAACGUAUAAUAUUUGUCUGAAUCGGAUAUAACUAAGGAAUCCAAAACGUACAGAUUUAUAGUUUAAUUGAAACUGAAGUCACGUCAAAACAUAAUAUUUAUUAAUACAUUUAUAAAUCACUAAUUUACCAAAUAUAAAACAUGGCUUUAUAUCUGUAUUGUAUAUAUUCCAAAAUCAGCGAUCCAAUAUACACAUUUGUAUAUUGCGUUUAGAAAUCGAUCGGUGCAGUUGUUGACGUAGGUACCUUUGUAUAUCUUUAUUUCUAUAUCAUAAUUUUUCGAUUUUCGGAUAAUGUUCCGCGUCCUUUCAUUACUAUAAGUUUUCCCGUUUCAAACGCGAUAUUUAAAUAUUGGUCUUAUCUCGGCAGGAUUUUAUUUGAGGAAGCUACGUGCGAACUUUAUGAACGAACUAUAUGAACUUUUUGAACUUUCUUCACUCUAUGCGUACGAUCGUACGGAUAGAUUUUGGACUAGGUACGUUAUCCGUGCCCAACUAUUUGGCUAUAAUACAAACUCUUUUUUUUCUCUUCUUUUUUUUUUUACUAACUGUAAAUUAAUUUUUUUCCUCCGCGGACAAUUAUAUCAUAUCAUGUUCAUUGUGUUCGAUUGGACAGGUAUCCAACCGAUACUGUAGUCGAGAAUAGUACCUAUAGUAUGUUGAAAAUAUUAAAUAGUAAUAAUCACUUAGCGAUGUAGUAUUGCGUGUCGGUCUUGUGUAGUUUUGUCGAUAUCGGUGCAAAAUAUAUUUUAAUGUUACUUACAAUAUAUUCAGUAUAGGUAAUUUGAUAUAUUGUAUUUUGUUAUCCAAUCACGUGCACACGUGUAUUAUGUGCGUCUUUGUGGUUUGUCAAUAGUCUCGUGUUUAACACAUCGAGACAUUUUGCUUAAUUCGUGGCGACAUGUACCCGAAGACGAUAAUAAUCCGAUUAAGCAGACGAAAUUUUGAAAAUGUCGUAUUAUUAUUAUUAUUAUUAUACAUAAACUAGACAUUUUUUUUUUUCAUCAAAACGUGUAAGGCACACGAAACACAUUGGAAUUACAUAAUAAUUACAUAAUUUGUUCGUAUUUAUAAUAAUUUUACUUUGAUAAUUUUUAGAAGAAAUUAAUUUGUGUAUAAUUGAUUUAAUUAUAAUUAUUAAUAUUAUAUUUUCCCUUACGUUAAUAAUACCCUACGUCGAAAAAUCGUAAUUCCAUUUCAAUUGACUCGCGAUAGCGAACAAUUUUUAUUAAAUCGUAUCUACCGAGUCAUAUAAUAAUACUGUAUAUAAGUAUAUAAAUUCUGACGUAAAGGUAUUUGUGUAUUUUUAUUUUAUUUUUUAGAAACCUUACAAUGCCACAGAAUUAUAAUACAAUAUAAUAUAUAUAUAUAUAUUAAUCGGAGUUAUUAUAAUAACACUUUUAAGUGAUAGUAAUUGUCAUCGCAUGCUAUCAUUAUUCUAUAUAUUGCACAGUUUAUAUGAUGUGUCUGCUUUGUCUCUAGUGAAAUUAUAAUGAUAAUUGGCAAUGUUGUAUUCCGCACGUGCCUACUGUUUUCAUGUUAUGCGUUUGUUAUAAUAGUAUAGGAGUCCAAGAUUUAUUCAUCAUAAUUACGAGACAUUUUAAAUCGUACUUAAAAUUUACAUAUGCUGUAACAAACCAUGUGACGGGUGGAGAGGGAGGGAGAUAAUGGUAAGGAUAACGUAGCUUUCAAAAUUAAAAAGUUAUCGAAUCGAAUUGAAUUAUUACUUUUUGGUAGUUUUUUGUACCUAAAAUAUAAUAUUGCAACCAAACUGACAUAUUAAUAUAUGUUAACAUAGUAAAAAAAUUGAAUUUGUUACAGUAAUACUUAAUACCGAAUCCAUAAUACUAUGGUAGGCUACCAGUAAUACUGGUAGGCCCUAGGCGUGCUAACUGCUAGUCGAUAUAGUAAAAAAAGUAACAAAAAGAAACGAAAAAAAAACUUCAAGUUCUGAUUUUAUAUUAUGAGAUUAUAAAGAUUAAUAUUAAUUAAUUUAAUCUAAAUACAUGUUGCAGAUAAAAUUAUUCAAUUUGACUUGAUAUUAUUGGUAAAACAAAUUUAAAUUAUAUAAUUUUAUAUAAUUCAAGAAAUAAGAGAAAUUAAGAGACAUAUGAAAUGGAUGAUUAAAAAUAAGGGACGAAAGUGUUGUUUAGAAAAUUUGGUCGGAAUACCGGGACGCUUAAUUCAAACACGGGACAGUCCCUUAUAAUACGAGACGUACUUGUGGGUUCUCUAUAGUAGUAUAUAUAAUAUUUUGUUCCCUGCCGGGUAGUACCUACGUAAUUUUUAAUUUUGUUCGUUCGUUACGAUUAUAAACGAAACGUAAAUGAAUUUCGAACAUUUAUACAAAAUGUAUGUACAAAUUACAGACACGCAGUCUACUCCUGUAUAGUAUGCAUUAUAAUUUCAAGAAGUGGGUACCCCGUCGAAACUCUGUAUAGUAGCGUACAAUUUCGAAGACCAUGCAGUCCAUUGACGGAAAUUGUGAAAUUACUAAUUAAUAAUUAGUAAUUUGAGGGGGAAUAAUUUUUCUGUUUAAACGUUUUUAGAGGACAAGAGCUCUUCAAGCCCUCCCCUCUCCCAAUGUUCACCAAUACCCUGUAUAUAUUGUUAUAAUACGUUUAAUUCUAAUAAUUAUUAUUAAUUGAACGUUAAUAAAACGAUGUUGAUCGUAAAGAUUACUAUUAGUAUUUUAAUAAUAUUGUUUACUCGUUUGUUUUUAGACACUCAUUAAAAAAAAAAAACAACAAACAGAAUAGCUGGUAUAUAUUCGAAUAUUUGUAUAUACCAUAUGCGUCGUAAUUUUUAUUUUAAAACAAAUAUAAAACAGAAUAAAUGAACAUUUUUUAAAUUCAUAUAUCUAUACAUAUAGUCAUUUUUAUAUAUAUUAUACUUAACACUUAUUAUAUUCUUGCGAAUAAAUCUAGAAGAAUUUCGUAUUAUUGUUUUUUGACGCGAGUGCAUUUAAUUUCCAGGAAAAUGAAUAAUAAUAAACGUCGUCGAGCGAAUAAUUUUCACGUUAUUAAAAAUUCGGUAUUGUUAUUGCCAUAAAUUUGUUCUACAGUAUACUAUAUAACAUCCUGUGUCCCUUAUAAUAAAUAUUUUUUUUAUCUUAUGGUUUAUAAACUACUGUUUAUUGGGAAGCAAAAAUCAAUAUUACAGACAAAUUAUAUUAAAUAUACCAAAAUAAAACACUCAAAUUUUUUUUUUUUAAAAAAAAAGAGUAUUGUAAAUUAUUAUUGAGAAUUUUAGAUUCUGAGCAAAGGGCAAAAUGUAUUGGUUUUAAAACGAUGUUUAUUAUGAUUUUUUUUUCUGUGAACAAAUUUUCUUCCAGAAUUCUUUCUCUGAUUUUUAAGUGUAGCACCUUUUCUAAAAGGAAAUUUUAUUUGGGUGUUAUUUUUUGAUAUUAUAAGAGGUUUUUAUAAUAAUUGGAAAAAAAAUGUAGGAAAACGAGAACAUUUCCGAAAUUUAUAAUUUUCAAUUUGUUUUUUUAUUGUGAUUCAGUUACAAAAUAUUGUUAGACCAAACAGAAAUGCUUGGAAAUUUAACAGGAAGUUCAUUAUAUUUGUAUUUGUGGUAAAAAAAAAAAAAAAAAUUGAGUGUAAUGUAUAAGUGUGUAUUUUAUAAGAAUUUCAAUAUCAAAUUUUGACGAAAAUCGUAAAUAUUACAAAACCCUUCAGAACAUAUAUAAUCAAACUCCGUUCAGAAUCGUUUUUCUUUAGAAAAUAUUAAUCGUUACGUAGGUAAAGAUAUGUAGGUGUACAUUAAAUUCCCCUCUAUAUCCUACUUUCCCAACUUCUCAUUUAGAUAAAACAGUGGCCCACCCAUCGUGUAUGUCCAUCUCUUUUUUUAGUUAAAAUUCCUGAUAUUAAAUAAAAUGACUGUAUUAUCGACUUAAUAGCAUAAGUGGUUAAUAAUAUAUCGCAAAUUUUUAAUUUUUUUUUGGAAAAAACUAUUUAAGAUUUUACCCGUGAUUUGUCAACAAAACGUUGAGAGUAUACCGCGUAUGGCAAUACCGAAGAUUAAAAUAUAAUAGUUUUAUAUAGUAUUUAUAUAUUAUUAUAAUUUUGUAUAGUAUAUAUUAAUAUUAUAGUUAUAACAGAAUACUUAUCGAAAUUACGAUAAAGCAUAAUAUGUAUUGUAUAUGUAACGAAAUCAAUAAAACUCGUAGAAAUAAUACGAACAAAAUAAUGAUUCUAUUUACUAUAGUAUACGAUUGUGUUUUCAUUAUUUUAUUUUAUUUUAUUCUUUGCCACAUCGUUAAAAAAAACUAAUUUGCCCCAUUUUUGCUUUAUAAAACGUAAUUACAAUGACGUGCGUCGUAUCGCGACUGUUAACUAUUAUUGAAUUAUUUGUGUGACUGUUAUAAUAUGUAAGAAAAAAAUGGAAUAAUCGUAUCGAUUAUAAUAUUGUUGUAUUAUGUUGUCCUCCAUGUCUUUUAAAUGGUAUAUUUUCGGUGUGUAACGUCCCGUAGCCGGGGCAAAAAUCAAUAGGCCCGAGAUAAUAUAUUAUACUAUUUUUAUCAUUCUGACAUUUGUAUAAUAUAAUAGGGAAAAAAUCCAUUGUAUAUUGAUUGAUAGAAUUUAUUCUUACUCAUAGUGCUUACACAUUGCAAGACGCAUUGAAAUGAUAAAUAUAUCGUACAGUUGUGUAUUCAUGAACCGACAACGUUUCAACGUCAAACGUAUUAACAGAAAUGCAGUUACAUAUAAUAUAUAUAUUUAAAUAAAAAUAACCGAAACUACUCGGAUACAGGCCGGCAUCCUUUUUGGACUCUCGGGACACGUUCAAAAAUUAAAACGCAUUCGCGGACCGGAUCGGAUAAGAAUACAAAUUUAAUAUAGGCGUGGUCUUAUUUUAAUAUUCUUUAAUACAAUUUAGGAUGUUACGAUGUUAUACAAAAAUAUGGAAAUUAUGACUGUCCAGUGAAGAUGUCUAAUCAAUUAUGCGAUUUUUGUUGUCGAAUAUCGUUCGCUAUUUUUUCAAUAAUUUUCGGAUCGAAAUUGCUCGUGUCCGCUUCAAUAAAACACACGCGAUGCAGAUGAAAAUCUGUUAAACGCGAUCGUGGGGGUUUUAUAUAUACAUUUUUUUUUCAUAUGAGAAAAAGCCUAUUUACACGCGUAUGUAUAGAUACAAAUAUGCUUUGGUAUUUGAUAGCUACAUUUCUAACUUACGAAAAUUACUGAGGUAGUUUAGCGAAAAAAAAAGGAAAGGCGAUUGAGUUUGAAUGAGUUUUUAAGAACAAUCAUAUGCGACACGUGACUGUAAAUCUAUUAUUUCCAUUUGAAGUUCAACAGGAACACCGUCGAUUUAAAAUAAAAACGGUUUAUCAUAUUAAUAUUUUUUUUGAAAUUAUUUUAAAUUUUUGAAAUUAUUUUAAAUAUUUAAAAUUGUUUUUGUAGAAUGUAUACAAUUGAAGAAUAUAUAUUCAAUUAAAUUUCGCUAUUUUUGAGCGGGCUAACUAUACUAUCUAAACUAUUCGAGCAUAUUCAUUUAUUUUUCGUAUUUUAACAUAUUUAAAUGCUUUUAAUGUAUGAUAUACUCGUAUAUAUAUUACUUGCAUUUUAAUUUUCUAAUUCAAGACGAUAAUUUGAAACGUUUUCCCGGUCGAAACAUAAAUUUUGAAACGAAAUUGAUAUUAUCAUAGCACCUAUCUGGAUAACAAUUUUAACAAUUUCACUGUUCCCAUGAAAAGACGUAGGUAUCGGAUAGUAAAACAGAGUUACGCCGUUUAUUAUUGUUAUUUUUAUUUUUUUGAUAUACCCUACCGACGCAAGUUUUUACGAUUUAUAAAUUAUAUGAAAACAUUGUUUUAAAUUACUUUUCGACCACCUUUCAGAGUUCGACCGUAUUACAUACCGACCUACGAUUUAUACUUUUUCACCCUUUACACGUAUUAUUAUCGAUUGGUUUAGUUUUUUUUUUUUUUUUUUUUUGUAAAUUUAUUUUCAUCAUUUUAUGUUCGCCAAAACUCUAUUAUAGGUGGUAAUGUGUUUUUGAAAAAAAACUUCUUAUGGGAGUAUUUGAACUGAAAAUGUUUGAUAGAAGUCGAUUUCAAGUGAUAGUUAUACAAGUCCCGAACCCCGAUUACAAUGAAACCGCAGAGAGCUACGUGAUAUUUUCUCUGCUGCAUGAGGAAACAUUCAAUCAUAUAUAGAGUGUGCUACCGUGUUCUAUGGAUUUUUAUCUCUGUUAUAAUGUUCUAUUUUUUCCAAUCAAAUUUUGUAUACUGUAACGAAAAAAUUGUUCAGAAUUGGUAUUUAGAAUUAGUUUAGGUGGUUUUGACACUGUUGUGAUAGGAAUAGAAUGUAGCGUGAGCGGUGAAGUAGUGGUAAUGGAGUGAUACUGUAAAAAUUCGGUUAUACAAAAAAAUUGUUAUAUCCGUAGCAAAAAUGUAAUAAAAUAUAAUAUGUUUAAAAAUUACAACAAUUUCUUUCCGUUGUGGUAAAUUUCAAAAUAAUUAACCAAAUUAUCCUAUGUAUACAACAUUACGUUGCCUUUAAAAAUGUAAAUAUACCAUGGAUAUCUGUUGGAAGGUUGUACAAUGUAUUAGGCAAGUAUACCAUAUCUCUAAAAAUGUUUUGUCAGAGCCCACUCGUAUUCGUCUGUUUAAAUAUUUUCAUAAUUACUUAAAUAUUAUUACAAACGUCUGUUUUUUUUUUUUAAAUUCCACUAUUAGGAAGUCUAUCUGUGCUUAUCUUCUAUAUAUAAAACAUAAAUCAUUAUCAGCGAUAUUGCUGCGUUGCAAAUAAAACGACUAGAUGCUUUUAAAAUUGUUUAGGUGACUGAGUAAUGAUUUUUUUCCUACGUCUUGUUGAAAAAAAAAAAUUAAGGAUAAAAAGAUUAAUAAACGUUCACGCAUUAUGUUUUUACAUAUAUUUAUUAUAAUUUCCAUGGAUUAUUAUUUUCCAGAAUCAUUUUUAUGAUUAUUUAAAAUAAAAACUGUUUAUUUUUUCCACAGUAAUAAAUGUAUUUUUUUCACUUUAUAUACACGAACACAACGACCUGUAUCCUGUACGUGUUAGUUUUGUGUUUCAUCGUUGUAUAUGUUUGAUAAAUUUAUUACUCUUUAUACAAUAUAAUAACCCCUUUCUAUAUGAUAAAUUGGCAAUAUUACUAAACUGAGCUCGGGUACUUAUUCUUUGUUUCAUAAACCCCUCUUUGACGCAUUAAGCUCAAAGUAAACGUAGUAAUUCAUUACUUAUUUAUAUGUUUGUUUCAUCUCGUUCCCUUAAAAUACUUGUAUCUAUAGGUCCUAUAUCUAUACAUAUGUAGGUAAUAUUGUACUAUAAACUUACACCGGACAGGUAUAAUGUACUUAUACCGUUAUAUACGUAGAUAAUAUAUUAUAGCGAAUUUUUACUGUUUUCGGUGUACGAUUUAUCAUUUUCUAUAAUAUAGAUAUAGCGGUUUUAGACUUUAUCGAUAACCGUAGCUCAAGUCCUAUAAUACCCUUAUAUAUUCGUGUACAAAAGUUACUAAACUUUAUACAGUAUAAUACUAUGGCAUGGUACACACGAUGAAAAGGGCCGGGUUUAGAUUUAUAAUUUUAUCAUGUCCAAAACAAGGACAACGUGUUUUGCAGGUUUUAAAAAUAAUAUGUUUUAGGUCAUCGUGGUUAUGAUAUAUAACUGUAUAGUUAUUCGUCGUGUAGUGGUUUUACUAUAUUGUAAUGCGUUUUUUUUUUCUGUCUAAACAAUUUUUCCAUGACAAAUUUUACUCUGAAGUCGCAAAUGUAACAACAUUUCUGAAAGAAAAUCUAAUUGAUGGUUUGCAGUGUAGUUUUUUUGAUUUUUCUUGAAGUUUUCUUAGUAAUUGGAAAACAUUGAUGUUGAGUUAUUUAUGGACAUUUGAUAUUAACGAGUUUAUAUUUGGUUUUGUUUAGUGGACAACAUUGUUUUGGCUGAACAGAAAUGCUUAAAUUUAACAAAAAGUUUAUUAAAAGUUGUACUUAGGUGUAAAAGCUGAGCGUUCAGUUUUUUUUUGUAAGUAUUUUAAUAAAAAUUAUAACAAUCACGGCAUUCAAAAACAUAUUUAAUCGAACUUUACUCAGAAUCAGUUUUCGUUAGCAUUAGUUAAUGGUUGCGUACAGAUUUAAUUUAAAUUUCUUGAUGUAUAUCCCAAUUUCCCAACUUCCUACUUACAAUAAUGACACACGCCCGUCAACAGUAUCAGCUUUUUUUGUUUUUACGUUGUGUUUUUUUGUAUUUGUACUUAAGCCGGUCCCACACGACUCGGUGUAAUCGGCGAAUAUUCGUCAAUCGUACUAUUUUGCGAGUCGUGUGUGAGGUAUUUAAUCGUAAAGCACGACGAUUAUUUUUACUCGCCGAGUUACUCGCGGUUUCCUGUCGGUGUCGGAUACAACACGAGUGCUGUGCUGAUAAAAAAUUUAAUUUUGGAUAUUCCCUCAAAAUAGACUAUUAUUUAUUGUUAAUAUCAUUAUUUUAGCAGUAGUAUUAGAAGUCGCACGUCAUUCCCACACGAAUCGUGCACUUGGCCAAUCGGCUUCAAUAUUUAAAUGAUCUUUAAUUAUUAUUAUUUAAUUUUUAAACAUUUUUCCGAUGGCUCUCGAUUCAUAUCUUCCAACAUAUUUGAAGCAUUAUAUCUUAAAACAUAAUAUAUACACUUAUUAUUGAUAUUUUUUUAAAAUAAUUUCAGGAAUACUAGAAAAAAUACUUACUUAUCCCGAUUUCGUUUUAAAGAUAAAGUCCACCAUCUUUUGAUUUUCUUUUUGGUCUUAAUUUUUAAAUCAUGUGCAGCACACACUACCGCAAAUGCAGCACAAACAGUCUUUUCUUCGUCACUUUCCAUUUUGGACUGUGGCAAUUUUCGUAUUUCAUUAUUUCGAAUAAAUAUUUGGCGAUUACGAGUCGUGUAGGAGCAUUAUCGAUGACGAGCAAAGUAUAUACGAUUGACAAAUAAUCGGCGAGCAUACGAGUCGUGUAGGAGCAACAUAAUUACAAACAUCGUAUAUUGUACAAACUUGGCAAGUACACUCGCCGAGUAUGCGCUCGCAAAGCACACGAGUCGUGUGGGACCGGCUUUACAGAUAACGUCGCGUCGUUUCGUUUUUGUAUUAAAUUUUAUUACGUCUUCGAGUUUAUAUUGUAUAAUAUCUUUGGCGAUGGCCAGAGACUUUUUAAUGAUAUUUUUUUAACAAAUAAACCCAAUAGUAUUAUUUUUUUUUUUACAUUGUGUCAUUUUUUUAUUAUUAUUAUUUUUUAUUUAACGCGGUUUUAAUGCGAUGGUCUUUCUCAUUGUAUUCGGAGUUUGUCGCAAAAGGGAUUUUCAAUUUUCAUUCGAAACACAUAAUUUAUUCGUAUUACAUUUUCUUUUACGAAAUUUAUAUACAUGUAGGUAUACACCCGUAGCUGCAUACCGGAAUCCGAAAUAAUUUAAUUUAUAUUGUAUAGGUACUUUUUUUUUUUUACGUAAUGUUAAACGAUUGUCUAAUUUAUUCGUUGACAGUAUACUCGAUAUAUUCUUGUUCCAAAAUAAUUUUACUGUUAUAUGAUAGCUCUGGCGCCAUAAUUUGCCAUAAAACGCACAAAAAUGUUCACUUUUUCCACUAAUAACUCGAUUUAAUAUCUAGUCACGUCGCGUUCGCGAUUCGUAUGCAAAUUAAUAUAAGUUUAAUCGACUUUUCUUUUGCGCGCGUACGUAAUACUUCCUAAUUGGUAAUCGAUAUUAAUAUUACCGUCAUACAAUCUUUUUUUACUUUUUUUGUAGAUAUUUUAUUUGGACAAUGACCUAGGAAAAACUGAAGCAUCAUAUCUAUGUAUAUACAUCACGUUUAAUUAAAUAAUUUUAUAUCGACUAUCCAGUUUAAGAGUGCAACAACUCAAAGUAGGACUUUUUCAGAAGAUCGAUUUAAACAUUUAAUGAAUAUAUGAUCAACUUUAAAAGAUGAAAUAAAUUAGGUAUGAAUACAAUAUUUUGCAUACACUGCAGAUAUUAUACUUUAUGUAUUUACUGUUACUAAUACGUAUCAUAUAAAUACAUGAAUUAAUUGCAAUAAUUAAACUUGAUCCACUUUAGAAUUGGAUAUGUCUAGCCAACAUAUGUUGUUUUAGAAUUAAAUAAGAAGAGACCUUUUUACGGCUCAAUAAUUUAACAAACUUUUGAGUUAUUGCUAUCUUGAACUGGGUACUCGAUAUUGUUCUAAACGACUAUCAUUGUGUCAUUCACUCCUUGUAUAUUAAUUUUUUGUUCUAAAUUUCUUGUAUAAGACAAUUUGAAAAUCGGUAGCUGAUGAUCAUUCGAUAUUGUUCAGAUAAGUUUUAUAAUGUAUUUUUUACGACGGUAUAAUAAGAUGUAAUUGCAACGUUUUAUUAGUUGUUUGUAUCAUCGACCACGUGAAUAUUAUACAUACAAAAAUAUUUCGGUUUCGAUAGUUUUUUGUUAGAAAGAAAAGAAAAAGACGCAAUUUUUAAAGACUAUACAAUUGUAUAAUAAUAUUGGCAAUACCAACUUUAUUUUACUUUCUAAUUUUCCAAUUAGAACCUGUAUUGAAAAUGACAUAUAUAGAUGGAGUGUUAGUUUAAAUAAAUGUCAGUGUCAACAUUUUUGAUUUCCGUCAACCCUUUGACGAGAUAUUCCGCUUUUAAGCUUAGGUUGAAGGAGACUAUAGUGGGAUAUCAUUUGUGUGGCGGCACGGCGCGUGGCGUUUUAUUAUAAUGCUCCACUAUAUAUUUUCCCCCUAUACCUAAACUAAAAAGUGAAAUAUAUCGCCAAAGGGUUUAUGGAAAUCAAAAAUGUAAACGUCAAAAUUUAAUCACGCUGUAUAUUGUACGGAUAAAAAACGUACAUAAUAGACUCGAUUACACAAUAUAACACGAUAUAUAAUCGUGAAUUUACUAUAAAGUAAAAUGAAAAAAAAAAAAAUAUAUAUAUUUCAUAUCAGCUUAUCUAUACUAGUUAUUUUUUUAGAAUAGAGACUAAGUGAUAACGUAAUUCAUAUCACUGUGAUGAUAAUGCAGAUUAUGCAAUGUCGCCGUAUCGGUUAUAAUUUUCUAAAAGCAGGGAAACCACAACAAAUUAGAAAUUACAAUAUAAUGACUGCAAUAUAUAGGUGAUAUAUUGUUACUGUACUAUCUGUAGUAACAAAAUUAAAAUAAAACCAAAAUUGUAUUUAUCCUCCUCAUUGACAGAAACCACGUAUAUGAGACUCUAUUAAAUAUCUACCUUCAUCGUAUAUUUCAUUAAAUUUCCUGGGCGGGGGGGGAGGGGGGUUGAAUACCUAAAAUUCCCCAUUGUAUGUACACGCGCCUUCAUAGAAAUACGUAAUAUAUUGUCAUAUUUGUAUAAGUUUAGCCGCGGGUUCGGGUAAAUAAUAUAUAACCGGCCGUCGGCGUAAUUUUCUUAUAUCGAAGGCUUUCGAGCGGCGCGGUUAGACGCGGUUUUCGACACUGUCGCGAAAGGCGAAAACGGAUUCGAUCGAUAAUACUAAAAAAUACAAUCGUUCAUCGCCGGCACGUCGUCAAUUUUACAAUUUUAAUUCGCGAGUGACCCGUACCGGACAUCCGUCUGGUCUUAUUCCGACCUCUCGAUACGGGAUGUAGGUAUAGUGUAUUAAGCUGUUUUGAUUUUUAAUUUUUCUUUUUUUUUCGAAUUAAGAUUGGAAAUUGCUUCCUUAUUGUGGUCAUCUCAAAUUUUCGAAAAAAAAAAUAAUAAUAAUAAUAAUAAAAAAAUGUUUACAACUUGCUCAUCGCAUAUUUAGUUUUUCCAUUUAAAUAACUUAAUAGGAAAAUAACGAUACUUUCAAUUAAAUCACAUUUACUCGACAAGUUCGAAAGUUACGACGUUGUACAAUAUAGUUUUUAAACCAAUAACGUACAAUUAAUAAUUAAUCUAAACAAUGUUCUUACCUUUACUCUAAUGUUAAAACUAACAUCACAGAAUUAACGAAAAGUAUAUAUAUAUAUAUAUAUAUAAUGUAAUUUCGUGAAUUGGAAAUUUCACCGAUAUAGAGUGUAACAUUUGUAUGUAGAACCGCUCAAUCGGCCUAGAUUUAUAACCGAUUCGCGAGAUUACGAGAUCGCGUUACGAGUAGGUACGACAUUCGUACUAAAAUUAAGCUUUCGGUUCGAAAGUUUUCUGCCUUUUAAGCAUGACGGCUUCAUACUAAUGUACUUUUUCUAUUUAUUUUUUACUAUAUGAUUAUUUACCGAAAUGAUAAAAAUGUCAUAUUUAUAUAAUUUAUUAUGUGUAUAUAAUGUUCGUUAAAUGAUCCGAAAAAUAUUUUUUCAGGUACAUCAAAAUUCAAAUUAAUACCAAUAAUAAUUUAAAAUUAUAAUAAAUCAGUAUUUUUUUCCCCAAUAAUUUACAAAAUAUUACAAAACAUGCUGAAUAUACGAAAAUAUUCUCUAAUCACUAAAAUAUCCCCAAAUGUAUUAUACAAAUAAUAUUUUUGUUGUAAACUUUUCCUGUGUUGAACGAAUUGUCCACGUUUUUUUACACCCAUAAGACUGCAUGUACACUCAAUUACAAUAUAUAAGAACAUAAAAAUCCGGACUCUAAUUAUUAUUACAUAACUCGGCAGAUAAAACGAUACAUACUACAAGACGAACAAUUUAAACGGAAUUAUAACUAUACAUUUUUUUUUUUUAUACAACUGUAACUAAAAUAAUUACUAUUAUUAUAUCUGGUACUCGUAAGUUGAUACGAAAAUUCGCGUCGUAGAUCAACGCACUCCAUAUUAGUCGUUUAUUAUAUAAAAAAUUAUCUGCAGUAAUGUACGAAUUGCCACCUAUGAGAUAUCAGUCAUUCCCAGACUUUUGAACUAUUGUAUAGGUUCCUCUCCUAUUUCCACGUUAUAGACCGAUAUCAUCGAAUCGCGGAAAACCUCAAUAUGUAUAUAUAUAUAUAUAUAUAUUUUUUUUUACGAAUUAAUCUUGCAGAUAAUUUUUUCGAAAUAAGUUAAUUAUAUACAAUUGGCCAACCAUUUAUAUUGUAAAUAAAUAUUAUUAUUGUAUUUUAGAAGGAAAAGUUUGUUGGAGAAUUCCUAAGAUUCUUUGCCAGUUUUUUUUUCUUUACGAUAUAUAAAUGAUGAUAUAUUUAGUGGCGUGUGCAGAAGUAGAGGUUACUCCUCUCCCCGACCAUGGGCUUAAAAAUACAAUUACUAAUGAGUAAUUGUAUAGUUUAGUUAAAUUAUAACUAUAAGGAAAAAAACGUUUGAUUUUGUUUGAAUACUAAUACGUUGUUUUUUGGAUGCGGCUUUUAAAUACUUGUGGUCGGGUUAGGUUUAACAGAACAAGAUUAUAUACAGUUUUAUUUAUUGUUAAAUUUACAUUCGUCAUCGUCUUUUAUAUAGGUACAUAUAUUUACAGCGCCAUCAAUCCUCGAUAGGGCACUCGUUAUAUCAUAAAGUAUUAACUUUCUUCAGAAUUUUUUUUUAUUUUCGGUGAUUGAACCGCCAUCAUUGAUUUUUUUUUGUAAAGAUCCGCAUUCAAAAUUCUAUAAAAACACGACGACGAAAUAAAUUUCGUUACGCCGCGCACUAUAAGGUGCGGCAGAAAGUAAGAAAAAAAUUAACCACUGCAAAUCGUAUACUGUGCCUAAUAACACGAUUUACUUUUUUAGUAACGCGAUUGAACAUUGAAUACUUUAUGUGACGUUGCCGAAAUUUGUAUAAUUAUUUUCCCGUAUUGUUACACCAACUAUUAUAUAGCACCAAAUUUAAACGAGCCACGAGCUGUGUCCAGCCGAGUCCAGCUUUAUCGAUAGCAAUAAAUAUAAGUUUUAUUCGUUAUCUACUGACCGUUAUGGACGGUUAUUAUAGUAGUCACAGUAUAGUGCGUUAAUUAUUAUACUAUUAAUAUUACCUAUAUUAUUAUCAUUAUUUAUCAAACAGGUAAAUUAACAUAAAACGGCCAUGAGAAAUUAUUAUGUUAUUUUUAACUCGUACAAUAAUAUUUUGUAUCAUUAUAAUAUAAUUUAAAUUGAUAUGUUUUGUGUAAUUUAGUUGAAAAUAAUUGAUAACACGACUACAUCACAUUUUUCAUGCUCGAUUCAUGUAGGACGUUUUCUUUUGUAUUUCUAUUAUGUCCCUUCAGUGGAACCGAACGCAGGUCGAGUGACCGCCCGGCUAAAUUUUUUAGUGGUGGCUGGUGGAAAUUAUACACAUAGUACGAGUAGUAUUUGUAGAAUACAAAACCUAUAAAAAUAAUAGUACUAUGAGUAAUGUAAUUUAUAAUACCCCAAGAAGAUCAAUAUAGUAUAGUAUUGCCUUGUUUGCCCGAGUAGUUUUGAACUCCAUCGGCGCCACCGUGUCUUUUGCUUCGCCGACAAAUUCGCUCGAUCGUGUCGUAACCGUUUUGCGUUUCAACGACGACGAAUUACGGGGAGCGGAGAAUGGGGAUAGAUCCCCCCCACGAGCCGUAUUUAUAUAGUAUACUGUUAUUUUAUACAAAUUGAAAGUUCAAAUGGAAAAGUCAAAAUUACAAAUGUUUAUUUGUAUUGGAUAUAGGCACCAAAAUGUUCAUAGUUCAUUACUUUAUACUACAUAUAGGUAAGCAACAUUCUUAAUAGUUUACGUCAAAAUGAACGGUAGACCGCGCAUUAAACUUUGCAUACUUACCACGUGAUUAGGACGUAGCGAUUAUAAACGUGCCAUUUAAAUAGAAAACUUUUCCGAGCACCGGUGACGGUAGUAGUUGAACGUCCGCAAGGGGCGCGGGGGACCAACCUACCGCGAGAUCGCCACGGGGGAUGUGUUUCGAAGACAUCCCCCUCGCCCCUUAAAAACGUUCUCUGCAACUGCGCCACUGUCUCGAUCCGCGCGCCAAUCUUCUCGGCGCGCGCGUGUGUCCGCGGACCGCCCGCCGAUCCUGAGAACCACUGCGCGCACCGCGGUGUUACGGCACGGCGCCACGGCCGGAUUAGUUCGCGUAGCGCCGCCGUGUGACAAUAAUAAUACGUAAAUAUCGCGCGUGCGUAUCGCACGGCAUAAGAGGCGAUGAACGGGACGUCCAGAUGGCGAACAAUACCGUUAUUAUCAUCAUUAUUAUCGACGCACGACACGGUGAGUGUCGCGGCGUCCGUCCGUCCGUCCGUAAAUAAUUGACAUUCGUAUUGUGGUCAUACACGUAGGCGCGCGACGGCGGCGGCGUAAUUCUGUCGCCCGAGUCGGAACGUUUCAAUUACGCGGUUUUUUUUUUCAAUACUCGCCGACCGUAUAUUGCAGGCGGCGCCGAACGUCAAUAGCGCGACCGCGCGUACGCAUACGCGCAAAUAAAUACGCGCGCGGUGCAGCAGCUUCUCGGGCAUUGUGCAAUGGCUGUUUAUAAUAACUGUAUACGAUUGUGCGACUACGAGGCUCGGUUUGAAAGGAACAGAAAAAAACGAUGUAGCGGCCCGGUCCUACUGAUGUGUGCGAUACGAAAAAAAAAAAAAAAAAAAAAACCCGCUCACGGACGGCAAGUCGGCACGGUAGCGCGCGUAAAUUUAUUCGAUUUACAUUAUCCGUGUGUGUAGGACGACGACGACGACCCCGCGGCGACGAUUAAUCUUCGACGGCGGAUUGUUUACGAUAUUCUGUGCGAAAUUUCGAAACGUCGUCAUUUUCGCGAUUUUCUUCCGAGCGAUAGGAACGCGCUCGCGGGAAAUUCAUCAGAGAAGGGCAGUGUCUUUAGGAAAGUUUCACACCGUUAAUUGUCUAAUUAUUAAAAUUAAAUUUUAAAUUCUAACGUCCAGGGAUAGAGGCAAAUGCCCCCCCCUCUCCCGGGCGCCCAUGAAUGCGCGCGCACUAUAAUUGUGCGCCGCGAUCGUACUCGUGUACGUGGCAUUUUCCGAAAACGAAUAUAAUAUUUUCAUUAGAACGUGGUCCAUUCGUCGUGUGUGUUUUUAUGUUUUCAAUGUUCCGUUCCACGUUCGCGUGUAAUAGCUCCGUCGAAUAUGCAUCAAUUCUAUUCUGAUGAUUUUUUAUUUUGCGUUCGAACGAGUAUACUAUAUACCUAAUAUAAUAAAUUCGAUCAAAAUCCGAUAGAAUAUGUAAUAUUACCGACCGUCGUAUUAACGCGAUGAUAUUACCGAAUCGAUAAAUUUAAUGGGCCGCCGCUACGCCGUACGUGUUUUGCGCUCAAUAGCCUCUACGUGCUAUGUAUCCGCAUUGGAUUUAAUAUACGACUAAAAAUAUCAAAAUGAAAAAAAAAAAAAAAUAUAUAUAUUUAUGUAUACUUUUAAUAUUAUAUUUUCUUUAAAGUCGACGACGAAUUAAUCAUUAGAUAGAGCGACGGAACCGAGAAACUCUAGUGAUAUUUAGUAUAGGCCGGCGCAGCCAUUACAACGGAUACAUACUGCAGUAUUAGGUGUAUAUUAUUAUACGAAUGCAUUCGGCAGCUUCGAAGUAGGUGGAUUUUCGUUUUGACAUUGAUUAGAUUCGAUCAAAAUUAUCGUUUUAACGUAUGAAAACGUCGUGGACAUAAUCUGUUUAUGAAUGUUUAUGAUGAUAAUCGGACGAUUUUGUUUGUAUUUUUUUUUUUACAUGCACGUGCCGGCGGAGUCAUAGUAUAGGUAUAGGUAUAGGUUAUUAAAUGAAAUAAAUUGAUGUGUUUGCGUUCGCCGUUUCUUUCGGGUCACGUAUAAUAUAUUAUAGUCACUAUAUAUUUAUCCGGAGGUCACGAAAAAAUAAAUAAAUUCGAAUUACGUUUUCCUUGUACAUUUAUAGACUUGUCGAGGUUGACUUGACCGCGAUUCGGCAUAAGUACACCCGAAAACGUGAAGUUUUCCAACGAAUAAAAUGAAUUAUAUUAUAAUAUUAUACAAAUGUGUGUAUUGCGGAAAAAAGCCGAGAUCGAGCAAAUGUCGCGUACCAAAUUAUUGCGAAGGACUGCGAGCAUAUUGUAAUUUAUUAACAUUUAUUAGCAACAAAUAAAUAAAUAUAUUUUUAUGAUUAAAAGCGAAAUUAUGCACCUACUUUUUUAAUUGAUCAAUUUUCAAUUACAUUGGAACAAUAAUAUUUAUUUCAUCGUUAUUUUUCGCAUAAUAUUAUAAUUAUACUCAAAUCAACAUUAUAAUAAAAUAAUAAAAUAAAAAUACGGUGCCUACCUAUACUUACUGUAAAAAAUUGACAUGUGUGGACGCUACGGUUUUGCCCGAAUGAGGUUGGUCUCUAUAUACUUUAUAGAUUUGCCCGGGCAAAAGCCAAUAUGUAUGACGUGUUUCGACCAAGUAUAUUGUGGGCGCUUUUACCCGGGCAUUUCUAAGUUUCUUCUGAUUUCGGCUUUUGCCUGUAACAUAUUAUACACGCAUGAAAUCAAAAUGAUAAAAUUCCAAAAUAUUAUAUGUAUAUAUGGCCGUUCCCUCGGACGGUUAUCGCGACCGCGGGGUAUGCCUAACUAUGUAGCUAGUAAAAACUAAUCGAUAUAGCGAGACGAGAGCUAUUUAACUCUGGUUUACUCCUCGGAAACAUCUAAUAUUGGGCGUUAAAUUUUACAAUUAUGUUAAAAUUUGUUCGUAAUGCGCCUGCGCAAAAUCAUUAUAUUAAAAGUAUAAAUAUAUGUAUACAGUGAAUACUCUUCAUCGAUAUUUAUUAAUCCCCGGGCGUGUUUUUAUACGAUUAAAUAUAGUAUCGACGGAAUAUAUUGUAAAAAUACAAUUAUUCUAAAUUGCAUUUUAACACUACAGAGAAAUUAACUUACCAUUAUAAACCAGCGAUAUUCUUGAAAAAUUUUAAGUAAAUUUAAUAUAAUUUAUUUAAUUACAUUUUUACCCCGGCUCCUUUUACCUGAAAUUAUUAUACACUUUGAGUUUACAAAUAACAACCUCCCACCUCCUUUACAACACAUAUCGAGCAUAUUUUUCUACAAAUUUCGAUAGACACCGCACGAAUAUCGGAUUUAUCGUUUGUUAGCCAUAACAGUUUCAAAUUUAGACCGGAGGAGUAAGGAAGAAUAAUAGAUUUCAUAUCCAUUUUAAGGUGAACAUUAAUAAUAAAGUAUGAUAGGCAAUAUAAUUUCAAAAAUAUAACCGAUGGUUUUUUACGAUUUCUAGUAAAAUAAUUAAUAAUUUCGAUUUACUAUAUAAUAUAGAUAUUAUAGACAACCUAGACAAUAGUAUGAUUAGUUUAUGAAAUUUAAAGUCGCCAAACACAAUCCCUGCAACUGCGUCUGGGUUUUGGGUCUAAACCGACUAAAAUAUACACUGUGAUUACCAAUCCCCUUAAAUUUAAAAUUGUAUUUAUUAUUAUAAUAUUGUAACUGUAUACGAAAUAAAUUACAAAUGUCUGUGUUUUAAACAUUGUUAUGGCGCCAAAAAAGUUUUGUUUGCAUAAAACCAGAUACAGAAACCUCGAAAAUUUCAGAUGGUUAUAAAUAUUAAUAAAUCGAAAACUGUCAGAAAUGUUUGUUAUAAAUUUUACUGCGUCUAGAAAGAACUACUAUAUAUUAUAUUAAGUUUUCGGUGAAAACCUCGCUAUUAGUUUUUACUACAGGAUUAAAAAAAAAAAAAAAAAAAAACAGAAAUCGGUAUGCGAUUUUGCUAUGUCCGUUUAGAAAAACUGAGACGAUAAAUACGUCUGAUGUAAUCUCGGGACGUACUUCCUUGAAUAGAUUUUUUUGAUUUUCAAUAUCCACGAACGAAAUAAUCUGAAACAAAGACCCGAUUUUCUGUAGAAUACUAACAUAUUAUUAUUACUUAUAUAAAGUUUACAAAACGAAUUGCAUAUGCGUACCAGGUGAUUUAUUUAAGUAGGUACACUCAUUAUUUCGGAAAGUAUUAACUUUUUCCAGAAUCUGUUUUCUAGAACAUUUAAGAAACAAGUUACCUAUACAAUUUUAUAUUUAUGUUAUUUUUGGUUACCAUAUUUUUCGGAGGUAAAACCACUACCUACUUUUGAUUUUCAAAAAGAACCUAUGUUAAAAAGUCCAUAAAUAGAUGGAAUAUUAGUUAAAAUCAAUUUUAGUCUUAAAAUUUGAUUUCCGUUUGUUCGUUGACGAGAUAUUCCACUUUUAAGUUUGGGUUGGAGAUAAGUAGUAGAGUGUCAUUUGUGUGGCGGUGCGGCGCGCGACGUGUUAUUGAUGCACCACUACUCUCCUCCGACUUAAAAUUAAAAGAAGAACAUCUCGUCAACGGCUUGACAGAAAUAAAAACUUUCAACAUUCAAAUUUAUUUUAACUAAUACUCCAUCUAUUUAUGGAAUUUUUAGUAUAGGUUGGCAUUUGAAAAUUAAAAGUAGGUAGUUGUUUUACUCCCAAAAAUAUAGGUUACAAAAUAUAAAAAUAUACAAUUUUAGAGCUGAUUGUUUCUUAAAUUUUCUAGAAAACAAAUUCCGAUAAAAGUUAAUGUUUCCCGAGAUAAUUAAUGUACCCACUUAAAUGAAUCACCCUAUACCAGCGGUUCUCAAAGUGUGCGCCGUGGAGUCUUUAUUGGGGCACCGCGACGAACACUUAGGACACUAGGAACUGUAUAUUUAAUAUACGGUUCCCAUAAAAAAAACUCAAAUUGUGAAAAAUAAAAAUAAAUGAAGGUGAUAGCAAGGAUGCUUUUCCCAUAAUGCAGCAGUUUUCUUGCUCUAUUGAUGAAAUAUCUCUAGUUAUGAAAUCCAUUUUUGAAGAUCAUUUAUCACAACUUAUAAUCUGGCUUGAGAAGUAUUUUCAAAAUGAAAGUAUUGGUAAGUUGUCAUGGAAUCAAGAUCAGUUCAACUCCAUUGCUCCAACUGAUUUUGAUUCUAUUGAAGAAGAAAGUCUUAUCGAGUUGUCUUGUGACAAUAGUUUGAAAGCCAAAUUUGGUAGAAUGGAUUUAAUACAAUUUUGGAUUUCAAUGAAAGAUGAAUAUUCCCUAUUAAGUGAUAAAGCACAACGAAUCUUAAUUCCGUUUUCAACUUCUUAUUUGUGCGAAGCUGGGUUCUCGGCGGUUGCAGUAAUAAAAAACAAGUAUUGAUCAAAAAUAAAUGUGGAAAAACAAAUGAGAGUGGCUGUGUCUAUUUUGAUUCCAAGAUUUGAAAAAUUGUGCAGUGAUUUGCAAGCGCAUCCAUCCCAUUAAUUUAAUGUUUUCGAAAAAUUUAUAAAAUCUUAAUAAAAUCAAAUUUUUAAAAUAAUUUCUUUGUGAUUAUAAUAAAAUAAAAAUGUAAUAGUCGAAUAAUACUUUUCUUUUUAUUAUCCUUAAAAUGAUCUAUUCUUUAUUUUAUCUAAAAAGAUGGUCAUCGGUUUUAUCAGGGGCGCCGUGAGAAAAAUUCAGUUCUAAAAAGGCGCCGUAAGACGAAAAAGUUUGGGAACCGCUGCCCUAUACUAUAAUGUUAUAGUGUAGAUAUUUAAUAAAAUAUAAGUUCACAUAUCUGGGUGUUUUCAUUUAAUUGUACGUCUGUGUCUGCAUUAAAUGGAAUCCCUCGGAUAACCGCGUGUACUUGUCGGACAAGUCUAAUAUCUAUUUAUUUUGUACACUGGUGUUAGGUAUAUUAUGGUACGCGUAAAACUACUAAAGAAAAGUAAAAAAAAAAAACACACACUGUUUAUUAUAAAGUCACAUUCCCUCUGCCCUUCCCUCCCGACCGCUGCCGCGAGUUAACGCGUUUUUCGUAUUUUCGUGGAUCUCUUUAGAUUUCAUACCCGACAGGAAAAUAAAUUAAUAGGGCGGCGAGUGGAUGUUACACGAGAUGUUUUUAUAAUUUUUUACUGGUAUGGAUAUACAUAAAAUAUUAAAACCGACCCGCAGCUAUAUACAGUAAUCCUUUUAGAAAUUGUACAUACAAAUUCUCGACAAGCUCUUCUAUACGAUAUAGUGUAUACGUAUAUAGGUAUAAUAAUUAAACGAUAUUUCAAUUGCAUUUGUCCGUAAUAAAACGCGUGUCGGUUUUUUUCUUUCUUUUACGAAAACCCGAUUUUGCUUUAAAACGCAACUACCUACGUCAAAUUUAAUAUACUACAGUAUAAUAUUAUUAUGUAUAGCUUUAUACACACAAACAUAAAUCGGGAUUUCAAAAAAAAUGUGAGGCAUAUAUUUUGUUUUUUUCGUAAUAUAUUUUUUUAAUUACUUUACAUUUGGACGGAAAUUUGUACAGUAAAACUUCCAUUAACAGUCACCUCUAAAAGACGGUCAUCUCUGUGUAACAGUAAUUUUUUUCGGUCCCGUCAAGUGUUAUGCCUCUAUAGGAAACCUCUAAAAGACAGUCAUCUUUAAAUAGCGGUCAUUAUUUCUGGUCCCUUCGGUGACCGUUACAUAGAUGUUUUAUUGUAAAUAAUAAUGGAUUUUUAGUAAAAGUGCUCCGAGUUUUGCACGCCGCACUCUAUAAACGAUGCGGAUUUUUCGUCCGGCGAUACUUAUUAAAUAUUUAAUAUUAAAAACCGUUUUAUUUCCGGCGAUUUCUGGGUUACUUCGGUUUCAAGAGACGAACAAACGCGACUGACACUACUCCACUAAGAAUCGUUAUAGAUUCUGAGCGGCGCGAGAAAAUAAAUGCUUGAAAAAUUUAACAGGAAGUUCAUUGUAAAUUGCACUUAGUGGUCAACAGUAAAAAAUUUGAAUUUAAUGUAGUUUUUUUUCGUAUAGUUUUUUUUGGCCUUUUAAAACAUGUAUAACCGCUCAAAAUCGUUUUUCGUUAGCAUUAAUUAACCGUCGCGUACAGAUAACCAUUAAAUUCCCCUCUAUAUCCUACUUUCCCAACUACUCACCUACAACAGUAACCCACCUAUCCUGCUAAACAUGUGUCUCUUUUUAUUUUAUUUUUGUGAUUUAUCGUCGGUUUUGGUAUAUCAUUUUACGUUUUGCAUAGAGAAGUUUUACUGUUUUUGGACGCGAAACAAUGCAAAUAAAUUCGCAAACUGUUUAUUUGUAGUGUAUGGCGAUUUUUACCGCAUAUUGGUAUACCGCGAAAAUAGAAAUAUACUCUACACACAUAAUAUAGAUAAUAUGUUAUGUAUAUAAUAUUUUAUCGUUGAAUAAAUACCGGACUAAUAAUCUAAGCAAAUACCGUCUAUAUACCCGUCGGGGCUUCAUAAUAUUGUAAUAACAGUGCAAUCACGUGCGCCAGUGAUGUGCGCGUUGCAUACGUCCUGUAUCUAUGCACACACGGUUAAACGUACAUACGUUCUUAAAAUUAAAUUCAGUGACCCGCAUAGGCGUGAAAAGAGUUUUAAAAUGUAUAGGGCUUGAGCCCGAUAUAGCUGUUUAUAGUGUGCACAGUAAGACUAAACCGAUUAAUUGAUAAUUAUUGAUGAUUCGAUAUUAUUAGGUAGGGCUGUAAAUGGCUCCUAAGCCUCCUCCUCCUCCUCCUCCUCCAUAUUUACGUAUAUGGUGGCGUGCACGGGUAUUGCCGAUCGGAGGGAACGUAUAUAAUUUUAGGUUUGAUUAGUGGGUGAGUGGCGGAGUACCGUUUUCGAUCGCCAUGCGCCCUGCACCCUGCACUGCCCAAACAGCGGAGUGGAACGUCUCGUCGGCGGGUUGACGGAAAUUUUAAAAUAUCAACACCCGAGGAGCCGCAUAGAAACUGAAACCCGGUCCGUAUUUAUUGUAUUUUUAACGCGGGUAAAAUCAAAAGCGAAUAACAGUCGAUAGUGUCUCGUCGAUAGUGUCUCGUCGACGCUCGCCCUGUAUAGUAAUAAUAAUAAUAUUAUCAUCAUACUAUUAUGAACGUACAAGUACGGCCAAAAAGUGUAUCGGGCCGUUCGUUAUACCGGUCGAUACGUCGGCGACGCCGUGUUGCGUUGCCGAUUUCGAUAAAAUAACUAUUAACGGAAACGCGUGUACUUUAAUAUAGAAUUUAUAAUCAAGCGUUUUCAUAUUUGACGUGCCGCGUACUCGAACAAUAUUGACCGGACGUGCAUGACAGCAUACAAUUAAGUUCCGCGUUAACAUUUCAACGGAAUAUCGUGUUUUGUCGCCCGCGGGAUAAAUCGCUGUCCGCCAGAAUUCAUUGUUAAUAAAACGCGUACGUUAUCCAAAAAACCAUUGACAGUAACCCCGCUAACAGGUCACCGUUUCCCUUUAAACUUGAAAUCGGUCACGCCAUUUUACGACCGUCUCUCCGGAUGAAAGACGAUGACGAGCGGUGACUUUUCGUCGUUCCCUCCGGAAUCACCACCUCUUUGUUAAAUCCGUUUGGCCACCACUACGCGUUGUCGCCUCUUUUCACAAUACGACCGUAACACCGAACAAUCAGUUCGAUUUAAUCUCGGAAAUUUCGUUUUAAAUAUUCAAUUUUACGUCCGUAUUGCACACAACCCUGAUACAAAACGUAUUCAAAUCGUUUUGAUAGUUUGAUUGAAGAAGAUGAUAAGUAUACAUAUACUAUGAGACAAGUUUUAAACGAAUAUAAUGUAUUUGUCGCCGUCGCUAUUGCUAGCUAUACGAAUUUGUAACCGUACCAAAACGGUAACAACGGUCAAAACAUAUAUAACUGAACUCCGCUCAGAAUAGUUUUUCCUUUACAAUGAUUAAUCUCGGCGUACAAUAUACAUUAAAUUUCUCCUCCCAAAUUCUCACCUAAAACAUUGGCCCACCCAUCGCGCGAAGUAUGUCCGUUUGUUUUUUUAAAAUAAAUGUUUAACGAGUUCGGUCCAAGUCGAAAUGAUUGCCGAAUUGCAUUUAGGAUAGUUUCACAAAACACAACCAGCGUGGGCCGACAGCCAUAUGUCCGUUACCGCUCAGAGAAAGUUUGUUUCGUAUGUGUAAAUCUAAAACUCGAUGCCCUUGCCGAUGAAAAACCGCGACGGGCUGCGUAUUUACAUACAUACCUUGUAUCGGAUAAGGUUUGCCAAUACGCUAAUAAACGGGUCGCGUAUUGGCGAAUAAUUAAACUGCGGACGUUUAGAAAAAAAAAAAUAAUAAUAACGGCGACUCGAAACUAUUGGUCCCUUAAAAAGUUAGAAAUAUCUUCCUGUGUAUAUUUUUUUACUACUUCGGUUUGUUUUGCAUGAACACGUUAUUUUUACCCCUGGAAAUCAUGUUUGCCCUUAUUGAAUAUUAUCCCCAGCGCGUUAAUGUUAUAUACGUAUGCACUCCGUGUAUACAGGUCGCGUGGUGGCUUCUCACCACUGAUUUCAAUAUGAUAACAAUAUCGAAUGAUCGACUUGUGUUUUGCAGGACUGGGUUUCGGCAUGAUCUACCUGCCCGCCAUCGUGAGCGUCACGUGCUACUUCGAGAAAUACCGUUCGUUGGCCACCGGCAUAGCCGUGUGCGGCUCCGGCCUGGGCACGUUCAUUUUCGCGCCGUUUGUCGAGUUCUUAGUGUCCAAUUACGGAUGGAAGCCCACCGUGGCCGUGAUUUCCGGGCUGGUGUUCUUGUGCACGUUGUUCGGCUUACUGUUCCGGCCGCUCCCCACUGAUGAACAGCUUCAGCAGCAGCAACAGCAUCAGCAGUUGGCCACCGGCGAGAGUGUCACUCCGGUCGUUUUGACCAUUGUCGAACCGCCCGCCGAAUGUCAGCCGCUGAACGGUAACGUAGUCCAGGGCAGUCAGUCGUUCGAUCAAAUUCCCAACUCGGACGACGAUGGCGGUACCGGCGACGAGUGGCGACGUCUCGGCAGCGGUAAGCUACAGAAAAACAUGUUGCUGCCUAUCGAAGUGAGCACCAACACGUUCGGCAACGAUCUGGACAAACAGUCCAGAUUCACGCUCAGCCAGCCCGAACUGAUCGUGCCCGGAUUCAACAGCCGAUUGAACACCGCUCGGAACGAAGUGUGUUACGCCAGCCAAAACCUCAAGCCCCACAUCGGCAACGGCGGUAUCAUGUACCAAAAAGACAUAUUCUACAGUGGCAGCCUGAAGAACGUAAACAUCAACAGGAGAAGGUCAGUGAAUGCUAUUUGAAUAGAUGGGGGGGGUCUUAUCUUUUUAGAAUGGGUCGUUUGAAUACACAGGGUGAGGUAUCGUGCAAUCGAUGUAAAGUGAUCGAUAUUUCAUGCUAUAUAUUUUCGGUUUUAUAGAAAAUGGGCUCAAGUCAAUUUUUGGUGGUUUUUUUUAAAAAAUAUUUAUUAUGUUGUGUUUUGCAAUUUUAUCCCUUUAAUUUUUAGACGAAAUGGUAUACGUGUAUGCGUAACCAUAUACAUAACAUUAUAGGUAUAGUUAUUUAGCCAUCGUGUCAUCUAGUAAUUCUCAACGUUUAAUUUGUUUGUAUAGAAAACUUUACAAAAUUAUCAGGUAUGUCCUUUUUCUCUAGAGCCAAAAUUACAUUGAGGCGAUGCUUAAAAAUUCAAAAUUUGUUUAAUAAAUAGUAUCAAUAAUAUCAAACGUAUGGGUGAUGUUUAAAAUUUAACUUUAAAAAUAUUGUUUUGGGCGCCGUGUCAAUUUGUUCAUGUCUUCAUUGUUCUUCACAGCAUGAUGUUUAAGAGCCUUAGAAGAAUAGUUCUUUAAGUUUUAAAAGCUACUACCACCUGAUAAAAGUAGAAAAAAAAACUUUUGUAUUCCUUUAUCAAGUCGAAUUUCAAAAACAACUCGUACAUUUUAAAUAUCGAAAAAAUCGUUGAUUUUUAAGCGUCAUUUCAUAACAAUAUGCUCGUAAUAUAGUGUAUAUAAUACUGUUAUGGUAUUUAAGAAAAUUUUUAUUAUUUUAUUUUAUUUUUUUUCAUAUUUUAUUUUACCCAGCUCUUAAUAACCAAAAUUUCCCCGACUCGAUCCUAUCCCUACAGCUGUUAAUCGUCGUUGCCCGGUAAUUUGUCUUUUAAACGGGGUAUAGGUGCUCUCUUGUCUGUGACAACCGAAUUAAAUAAUAAUUACCGGUCUUUUCAUCCGCGUCGUUAGGUAAACCUAAAAUCAACAAAAGAAAAUAAUCAAUUUUCGUUCCAGAAAUACGGAAAACCCCGUGUCGGAAACCUUUGAAUUUCGAGAUAGAAAACGAUUGUUCUCUUGUUUUGAAUGCCAUCGAGUGUGCAACAAAAUUUCGUUGAGACCGGAACGCGAAAUCGUAGAUAUGUCUGAUAGUAAUAAACGCUAUAAAAUGUUUAUGUUUUACCAAAACAUAAAAACGUAAUUAAAAUAUAAAUAUUCGUGGUACUUGUCCCUGAGAGUAAUAUCAAAAAUAAACAGAAUUUGAUUAUCUUUAUUAUGUCAAGGAGAUAUUGCAACGGGGUAUCUUAAUGGGAUAUCUGGGACACUCUGUAUGAUCGUAUCGUUCCAUAUUGUUCGUGUCGAACGAGAAACCCUAAACGUCAUAAUUUUCGACAAUUUUCGUGUUUUUGGACAAGUAUAAUUAUCAUUAUUUUUUUAUGAAAAACCCGUUCGAGCAGAUCGCUUUUUUUCCGAACACUCGGCACACAAGUAGGUAGGUGUACGCUCGCCAAGUCACGAGUCGCGCGUGGCUGGGGAUUUUAUUCGAAAUACAUGUUACGUUGCUUUUUCUCGUGUUAUUUUAAAAUAUUUAUUUAACCGCCAAAAAAACUCUAAUUAAAUGCCAUGCGAUUUCAUCUCUAUUGUUUUCAAAUGUAUAUGUACAUAUAUAUAUAUAGGAACAUACCAUAUUGGUUGGUUGUUGUUUUUUUUUUUUUUUUUGCAAUUCAAUAAACUCUUAACUUUAUCAAUUGACAUCGACAAUAAUACGAUACGUUAUAGUUGGAGAUUUUACUGAAACAUAUAUAUUUAUAAUCGUUUAUUUAUAUUGAAAAUUCGAAUUUAUAAUAUUCACGAGUAUGUAUUAUCGAGUAUUCUUCAAGCUAAAAAUUAAUAAAUCAAAAAGUAAAUACUGUACUUGGUUUCUCUGUUUUUUCCUUGUCAAUGUACAUAUUUGAAAGCACGCGAAUUUCAAUUCUUUCAUUUACCAUAUUGCACUCCCCACAAUCAACGAAAUUGAUUUUUCGUUGAUUUUUCGCGGUUAUAUAGACGCGAAAUAAAACCUUAAAGUAAUCAUUUUACUAACGAAACAAGAUUCUGAGCGAAAUUCGAUUAAACGUAUUUUUGAAGUGCCGUCAUUUUCAUGUUGUUCAUCAAAAUUUAAUCUUAAAACUUUUAUAAUCAAAAAUAAAACUUAUUACAUUACGCUUAAUCUGUUUUCUAUAUUAUUACCAAUUACAAUAACUAAUGAUGAACGUGUGUGGGAGAUUUUCGAACUGUUUUGCUCGGCGAAAACAAUUCUAAUUCACUUAAAACCGUGUAAUAAAAGCUCGGAAAUUUCAAAUAGCAUUAAAAUUAACAUGAAAAUCAUUAGAAUUUUUAAAAAGGUUCUCACAUCUAUUUAAGUAUUCUGUGAACAUCGCUAGUCUCUACCACAUUUUUUUUUUUUACUGAAUCACAGCCAUUAAAAAUAUAAAACCAAAUCGAAAAUGAAAAAACUGUUGUUGUAAAUUUCCCCGGUUUUCCGGCGUUAUUUACCGGUAAAUAUAGGGUAAAUUUUACCCCGAUUUUUCCCAAUAUUAAGAAAACUACAAAAAAAAUAAUCAAAAAAUGACCUCAACGUCCCGACUAGAUAAAAUUUCCUACCGGAAACUACCAUUGAAAAUUCGAUGAUCGGGUCGAGAUUUCUGCGAGCAGGAAAGUCGUUCGCAAAAAAUAAAAAUUGUUUAAAAUCACACGUCAUCAUAUAAUAGGAAGAAUGGUUCAAAAUUUAAAAAAAAAAACAAAAAUCGACAAUUUAAUAAAAAAAAAAUCAAUUCCCCGCCACGAAUCUGAUAAACCAUAUGAUACCUAACAAUGUUAACCUGUAGGUAUACCUACACCGGAUAAAAUGCUUUCGCGCAUUCGUGCCCUUCUACUUCAUUUCCGCCGUUUUGCUCGUGAUCGACUAGACGGAGACUUUUGUUUAUUAUCGUGUACGCGUAUCGCGUCCUAAAACGCAAUAUUGUCGACGCUAUUGUCUGAAAAUAUUAAUCACGGUAUUAUUUUUUAUAUUUUAUUUUUUUUUGUUCGUCUCAAACGCUGAUAUUUUUUUUUUUAUACGGACAUGCGUUCGGUAACAAUAAGCAUCUCCUCCGCCGCCGCCGUCUACGAUGAUACACUCGUAUAAUUAUUUGAACUCCACUCGGAAGUCUUUUAUCCUCCCGCAGCGAUAUUGUCUACGGGAAUAUAUAGUGUGGUUGAUGAUUUUCUUUUUUCUUUUUGUCAAAAGUAUAAUGUAGGUGUACCUAUAAUAUUAUUAUCCGCGAUUUUUUUUUUUUUUUUUUUAAGUAUUAUACAACCGUCAUUUUCUAAAAAGGUUUUUUCGAUCAACCUAGGGAUAUUCAGUCUAUUACUUACUAGUAUAGGUAUCAUACACAGAAGCGAUUUUUAUUACCCCGUCUUCGUGUCCUGGCAAAACAACGUAAAUAAGGGAAAACCGCUUUACAGUUUCUUUAGUCUUUAACAUCAUCGAACGCGAUAUUGAAAAUGGUCGUUUGUUACAUAAAAAAAAAAAAAAAAAUACUGAUACUGCUGAUGGCCGUGUCGCCGUUUUUGGAGGGACGUUUGAAAGUAGGGGAUAUACUGCGUAAUUACCUAACUAGUAUAACCGUGUGCGCAACAAUAAACCAUUCCUGACGAAAAACAAUUCUGAGCAAUGCUGUAUUUAUAUCUUGUUGCCAGGGUGACUCGGAAAUCAAAAUAAAAAGUUGUCGGUUUUCCUGUUAGUUAAGAAAACCACGAGGAAAACGAUAAAAAAUGAACAAUUUGAUUGGAGUGAGAUUUUGUGUAGAAAAAUUGUUUACACACACAAAAAAAAAACCACGCAUCAUAGUAAAACCAUUAUCAUUCCUCUCUUCACUUAGAAUCUGAAAAACUUCUGUACGACGAAAUAUCGUUUAUAAUAUAUAAACGAACAAAAAAAAAAAAAAUUAUUGUUCGCUGUAUCCCCCCAAGUUAUAGAAUUUUUUUCUUCUUGAUAAACCUAUGUGAUAUUUUUGUGACAAUAGGAUAUCGUUACGUCGCGUCGUCGAUUGCUGCGGUUUAAAAACGAAACGGCAGAGUAUAAUAUAAUAUACCCGUCUGUAGCCAUCAUAUAUAAUCAAUUAUUGUGUGCGACCAAAAUAUUGUUAUUUUCGUGCUUUAUCCUCUGUACAAUACAAUUUUUUUUUUUAUAUAUAUUUGAACCUCGAAUACCGCAAAAACAUAUUGCAAUAUUACGUUAGACUUGAGCGUACUCGCCCGAAACGCCGCAUUCCGCCGCGUACAAUACCGGCGCAAUAAUUCGGUACAUAUUACACUCGUAUUUCACGUUAAUUUAAAUAUGAGACUGUGUACAGAGAUAAUAUAAUACAAUACUGAUCGUAAUGUCGGGUUACACAAACAGUCUAUAAAUGCAGUCCGAUAGCUUAUAGAUUACGUGUUGUAGGAUCGAUAAACCAUAUAUUGGAUCGGCGCGGUUAAAGGCGGAAAAAACUUCCAGAUGGUGCUGUUUAUUGCGGGCGUUAACGAAAAAAAUGUCUAAUCGAAUUACCCGAGCAUAUUAUAAAUAUUAAGUAAACCCAACGAAGCUUUCUGGAAUGGGCCGCGGAGUCAAAACUUCCGCAAUUGGUUUUCUCACACACACACACACACAUACACAUUCACGUACACAAACACGUGCGCGCGCGCGUUCGUUAAUACAAAUUAAACUAAUAGGAUUUACAAAUAAACUCCGUCCUCCCGAAAAGUUGUCCUAUACAUUAUAUUUUUAUAUUACGCUUGCUCAAUGCAAUUAUAGUAAAACGGUCUGCAAUUUACGCGUUUAUAGGCCAAUGUUAAAUAAUUAAUUUUUAAUAACGUCACAUUUGUUUAGAGUUUUGAAUAUCGCAUUAAACAUGUAGUUCAGCGACAACAAUUAAAGCGUCACCCCGGACUUCAAAGACCCCGUCCCUCCACGCCCGUCCCCUACUUUGACCAUAGCGUUGGAUAAAUAACUCGAUUGCGUCCAUUUGAACUUGUUAUACUGUACUGUCGCAUAUAAAACUCGUAAAUAAACCUUUCUAUACGAAGUAACUGCGGUCAGUAGCGGUUAUACCUCGGCAAUUUCGAGAAUGUGACUAAUUUAAAAUCCACGAGAGAUCACGCAGGAUUUCCAUCUCGUCCAUCAUUAUUAAUUGAUUAUUCGUUAUUCUCUUCCUUGUUCGAAAUGUGUUACACUUUAAUCAGUGUACUGAAAAUAUUAAAAUGUCAGUGGUUUCAGUCAAGUCUCUGAUCAAAACAAUUGUCCGUAACCCAUCUUGUUGAAGCAUGUUUUUGAGCACUGUUCAAAUGUUUCCCUGCAGGUUCGUCAAUUUAUGCAUAGUUAUUUCCCGUCAUAUCAAAAUCGUACGAAUUAAUCUAUUAUACUUACACGUGUAUAAUUGCAUAAGUAUAUAAAUAUUGUAGCUACAGAUUAAAGUCACCAAAAAAUCCCACGGGCAGAAGCAAUCUAAUCAGUCCCUCCUAAUAAAUAUCCGCCAUUGACCGUAUGCAGUUGUAGUUUUAUGAUAGAAUUUGAUAACGAUAGGAUUGUGAUGAUGAUUAAAACGCUAAUGUUUAUUUAGAUUCGUGAUUAAAUUAUUUAAUGCCAGUUAUAUUAUUAUAUAAUAUUCCACGGUAUUGCGCUAUUAUUACCUGACACUAUUUGUGUGAUAUCAAUAAAAUGAGAAAAUACUGUAUAAAUAUUUUAUUAGUGUCCAAUAAAGUUAGUGUUUUUUUUUUAAAAAUUAUCGAACCGAAAUCGGGCCCUCGAUUUAUCGGUCCGAUAACUGGUUUUUAUUUUGUCGAAUCGAUAAACGAUAAUAUUAUAAUAAUUAUAUUAGAUACUGUCGUUUCUGCAACAGUCGUUAAUAAACGCGCAAUUAGUAUACCUACGUCAUGUUCUUAUUAUCAGUCUGCAAUUAGUAAUAAUUGGAUCUAAAAAAUGUAAUAGUCACAUUAACAAACAUGUAUAAUAUUUGUUUAAACGCUCGUAUUGCAUACGAAUAUAUACUUACAGACCAAGAUUUGACUGUUAUUGAAUUUCCAAGUUUCUCUUGGUUAGGUUUUAGCAAUAAAAUACUUAUAUCUAAGUAACUUAUCUUAUUUGAGUACCUACUUAAAAUGUAGAAUAUAAGAAUUUUUAAGUUAUUAUACUUUACAACACAUAUUUUAUAUUGUACAUUUGUAUUUGUUUGGAUCGGAUCCAAUCGUACUAGAUAAAGAUUGUUAUCUCAUAUAAAAUGUUUUCGCACUAAUUGCACGUAUUGAAUCGAACCCAUUGCUAUAUUAUGUAAACCACAAUGCGAUAACCAAUUAUAUUGGUCGAAUAUGCAACCCGAAAUAAGUCUUUUUGUAUAAAAAAACGGUCACAUCAUAAGUAUUUUAUUGUGCCGUUUUGUCUUGUGUCUCUGCAGUUUGAAGUGCAUGCAAAUAUAAAAAUAAUAUAAUGUAUCACAAUAAGUUUCCCUCCACCGUCUCUCAUAUAGUCAUCUUGAAAUAUUAUUAUUAUUCUCAAUGUUGUUCAAUUUUUGACAUUUCUAAGGAAAAUUCGAAAAUUCUUUUUGAAAUUAAAUGUACCUAUAAUACCUAUAUACUCGUGUAUAGGUCAGGUAAAAAUAAAUUGCAAAUGUAUCCCGUGAAUUUGGAACAUAUACAAUUUUACGUAAAAUAUUCUACCGUUAAAUUAUAAUCACGUCAAGACAUCGAACAUUCAACGACGUUUUUAUUUUUUCGACAUCUGUUGGGGAAGACAUUAGACAUUUCCUAUGUGACUACACGAUGCUGAGUCGCUAUUUUACGACGUUUUAAUAAUAUUGAAGUCGUCUAAUACAUAUUCUAUAUCCAUCAUAAUAUACUUUAAAUAUAUAAUUUAUUUUUUGUUGAUACAAUGGAAACGUUUCGUAUUUACACUUUUAGGCGAUACAACACUUAAUAAUAUUAAAAUGUUGAACAAAGCGACAACGGUAAUGAACAGAUAAAAUUCGCUUCCGACAUUGAGUCGACCAAAUUAUUGUCGACACAGAUCAAUGUCACAAAACAACAAAACUGUAUUAUAAUGUCAUGAUAUUAUCGAUUUUACGCGCGUAUAGUGAUAAUUUGCUGCGUGUCGCAUACGUCAGCGCGUGUCGUCUUUCUAAGACCCAUUGUAGAAAUAUAUCGCAGUAUAUAAUGUGUAUUAGUAAGAUUCGUUUUUCAAAAAACUUAUCAUUAGUAGUAUUAGUCAAUUUAUUUCGUAGUUACUGUUCGAUUUUGAGCGCAACGUGAAAUGUAUUGGUUUUGCUACGAUAUUGUCUGCAAUUUCUUUUUUUUCAAAAAGGUCUAUAUAAUAAUAUAUAUAUAUAUUGUAUAGUUUUUAUAGUAUCAAAAUCUUGGUGUAUAUAGAUAAUCGGCCUGUGUGUACGAUAAAAUAUGCUCUCGGGAUAAGAUUAUGUGGUCUCGCCCUCGGGAUAGAUAGUAGAGUAAUAUUGAAAUUGAAAUUUUACUUUAAAUCUCGACGGGUUUGGUGGUUUUUUUUCGGCAGAACCAUAUCGCAGACGACAAACGUCAAUAUCAACACCGAAAACGCCAGCUCCACAGACCUCGACAAGUUUUCGGACAGAAUCUGUUGUUCGGGCGAAGCCCAAGACACCAUCAAGCAAAUGUUAGACUUCACGUUGCUCAAAGAUCCCAUUUUCAUAUUGUACACGGUUUCCAACUUCUUGACCAGCAUCGGUUUCAACAUACCGUACUUGUAUUUACUUGUGAGUAAAAUAUAUUAAUGUUAUUAGAUAACGAAGACUGCAGUCCCAGUACGCGGGUAUAAAUUCGAUAUAUUUUUUAUUUUAUUUUUUCAGCCUCAAGCCGAAAUAAUGGGAAUACCAUCGAAACACUCGAGUUACUUGCUGGCCUUGUUGGGUAUUGCCAACACAGUGGGCCGGGUCGUACUCGGGUUCAUAUCAGACAAACCGUGGAUUAACAGACUAUUGGUGUACAACGUGUGCUUGACAGUUUGCGGCAUUGGUGAGUAAUUUUAUUUCUUCUCUGUCCACUCGGAUCAGAAAUCGUGAUUUUUUUUUCGAUUCAACUUAGUGCUUCGUGAACAACACGAUUUUUCUGCACGCUUAGAAGUCACCGCGUAAAAUGCUUUCCAACUAAAAAAAAUUUUAAAAACGAUUGCUAAAGUAUAUAAUAUGGUGUUUAGGUAUUAAGAUUUUGUGCAGACACGUAACAUUUUUCCAAAUUUUUUCCACCCAAUAAUGGUUGUCUUGUGGCUCGGCCGUGGGGUUGAGAGAACCAUCAAAUGUUUGCACCCCCUUAUAAGAACCUGAAAUGGCGCCAUCCGGUGAAUUUAUUAAUGUGACUUAGCAAUGUGUCGACCCGCGUACUAUUAUUACAGGCUCUGUCCACGAAUUAAGUGAUUCCGAAUUACGCGAACCUAUUCAAAUAUCAUUAUGCUAAUUAUAUUAACUAUUAAUACAAUAUACGAAAAUAUUGUACCAGUGCUUAACGAUAAUCUUGAGUUUUAAAAUUCUCAACGGAGUCAGGAAUGUAUUGGUUUUACAAUAAUAUUAAUUUUUUUAUUUUAUCCUUUUCCGAGACAACUUUUCUACCAAAAAUUUUACUCUAAUUCUCAAGUGUACCACUUUUUCUGAAAUUAAAUUUGACUUGGGUGGUAUUUCAGGGAUGCCAUAUUUUCAUGUACAACCGAACUUUGCUCAGAAUUAAUCGUUUUUCGUUAGCAUUGAUUAAUCUUUGUGAAUAGAUAUACAUUAAAUUUCCCCUCUACUUUCCCAACGUCUCACCUACAACAGUGGCUCGCCCAUCGUGCGAAGUAUGUCCGUUAUUUUUUUUAUGUAGCCUUGAUUUUUACUAUUGAACUUUUUCGAGAUAACCGGUUAUAUUUUCCAUAUACAUAUCUGCAGUAUGAUCACCGCAAUGCAAAAUUGCAAUUAAUUCCCGCGAGACCAAAAUAGUUAAUCGCACAUCGCGUAGUUUUUUUUUUAUUGCCUAUCCGUUUUUUUUUUUUAACUUUUUAAUUUCUUAAUUUCUAUUACGGCCUUACAUUAUAAUGAUUACUCGCAUGUAUCGAACAAGUCAUAAGCUACCUAUAUAGGCUUUUUAUUAUGGCUAUAAUCGAACACGCAAGUCAUGACACACAUACACACACACUCACGCACGCAUAAUUUCAAAUGACGGUGAGAAAUCUGCAUCAAUCCAACAAUAUUGUAAAUCCAGAUUUAGAAUUUUGGAUUAUUUUACGCAAUUCGUCUUUCAUAAAAUAAAAUUAAAAUCGAUAGAUCAAAAUAUAAUAUUAUCAUAGCGUGUAGACAAUAAUAUUCGAAAACUAAUCGUAUAGAAUAUUAUCGAACCGGGCGUACUUCGCACCGCCGUUUUAGGUCAGUGUAUUAGAUGUGAGGUUUGCAAGGUAUGUAGGAUCUUCUUCUUCUUCUUCUCGUGUCCAAUUUGAAUUUCCAAUAAUUCACCGUUAGUAAUAAAGUAAGUGAUAAAUAAAUAAACAAAUAAAUAAAUAAAUAAAUAAAUAGAGGAAUAAAAUGAAAAUAAAAAAUUAUUUAGUAAUAACAGUCGCGGUCGGUUAGCGUUGUUGAAUCGUAUAUUUCAGCCAAUGUGUGACCACGUCUAUGGCAUACUUGUUCACCUAUACCAAGUCGUCCUUGGCGUAUAUAGGAUAUUAUAGAGUAAUUAAAUUCACACAAAUGCAACGACAGCAACGAUGUAUAUAUAUAUAUAUAUAUAUAUAUAUAUAUAUCUCGUUAAAUCAAAAGAACGAUUCCGAGCGGAAUAGUUUAGUCGCAAUCUAUUGUACCAAAAAGGUAACUUGCAGGAAAUUAACAACAAUAAAACCGCGAUGUGCGUCGACAUUUCGUUGCCGGCUAUGGUCAACUGUGUAAAAAAAAACUGUGAAUUGUUUUCAAAUAAAGUACCGCUGGACGAAAAUCCGGCAUGGGCAUUCAAGUGACCGAAGCAUUUUUAAAAUGUGUUUUUAUUGAAAAAAAUACACGCACGUUUUUAGUAAAACUAAAAGUUCAUUUGUCGUACUCGAAAAGUAUCACAAACGUUACAGUUAAGUAAUCUGGUCCAUAUUAGUAGAGAAAAACUACGAUUCUCACGUUUAAAAUAACAUAAACCCGAAUUUGCUAAGUACGAAAACUGUUGGAAUUUUCCGAAUCUGAAAUCCGGAUUUUUCGGUUUUACCUUAACAUCACUUAUAAACGCACACACAUACACACCUACACAUAAAUAACAUAAUAAUUAAUAUAAUCGUGUAUACAAAAUAAUAACGAUGUUUUUUUUUUUUUUUUUCACUGUGAUUAAUUCGAUGCAGCUACCAUUUUGAGCACCUACUGCACGGAUCUGUUGACGUUUUCCUUGUACACGAUCGUUUUUGGUUCUACCAUCGGAGCUUACGUGGGUCUGACGUCGGUGAUUCUGGUGGAUUUGCUCGGCAUUGACAAAUUAACAAACGCUUUUGGAAUCCUAUUGAUGUUCCAAGGGUUCGCAUCGCUUGCCGGACCACCCAUUGCUGGUAACUAUUUUUUUUUAUUAAUUUUACGUUAUUUUAUUUCCGUAUAAUAAAUACAUAAUCAGUGUUGUUAGACUGAGAGAUAUAGAUAUUUCCCUCCGCGUGGAGAAUUCGAAUAAUUAUCAAAAAUCGCAUAAAUGUGAAUAAUAUAAUACUUAUAUUUACUAUUUUACUUGGUGUGUUUUAAUAUAAAUGCACAUUUUAAUUUCAACAAGGUUUAGCGUGUUUAGGUAGUAUUAAUAAAAUGUGUUAGUUAAAAGAAUUAAUGAAAAUUAUUUAUUCGAAAUUAAUAAUCGAUUUGAGCGUUAAUUCUGUGAUAAUGGUGUAGUGACGGCUAAUUUAUUUUGGCCGGAAAAUAUCGUUAUCUCUGGAGUAAAAACCGUUUAACUCUUAUCUAGAGAUUUUUUUUAUUUUUAAUAUUGCCGAAUUUAUCUUGUGCUCCACACUCCAAUCGCACAGCAAUUUAUUUUUCAUUUAUUAUUUACGAAUAUUUGCUUUUUUUCUUUUAUUUAACGACGCUGCGCCGCAUUUAUCGUGCAAUAUAUUAGAUCGAAUUUACUCAAUAUUUUAAUAUCAUGUGUCAAAUGUUGUACAGAUAAAAACAUUAAAGUCUAUACCCGUAUAUUAUCCCGAUAACCCGUUUAUGGCUAAAUCGAAAAAAGAAAAGAAAAACGCACAUAUAUCGUGUAUAAUUAUCGAUUUUAUACGAAAAGUGUAAGUUAUAAAAAUUUGAAAAAAAAAAUCGCGUAAAACUUUUUUGUCUGUUACCUUUGCGUGCGAAAAGACGGUGAAAUAAUAUUUUUUUCGUGUUGGUACUCGUUAAAUUAAUUCCGUCGAGAUUGGCAUGUUAUGUUUACCUAGGUACUGGUAUAUAAGUAUUCUCAAUAAUUGAGGUUACCAUUAAUCAUUAACCCGGAUUACGUUAUAAAUUAUUUUCGAGAAAAAAUAUUAAUCCAGUAAGUACCUAGUACCUGUACGCAGUGGCGUAUUUAGGAUUUUACCUAGGUAGGUGGGAAAUAAUUAAUUUGGAAAUUGUGGCAUAUUGCAGUAUAUAAAAACGUGUAUCCGACUGAAAAAAAAAAGAUCAAUUUUCCUUUAUAAACGUGAUAGGUUUCGUUUUAAAAACAGAAAAUGUACAUUAGAUUUUUUUUUUGUAAUUAAGGACAUUUUAAUUUAGAAAUAGAUUUCGUAUAAAUAAUGCAUUUUAUGGAUAUUUAAAAAAAAAAAAAAAAAAAUGUCAAAUGGUGAGAUAUACUUGUAUAUUAUAUAGCUAAUUUCCCCCGUAAAUACGCCACAGUACCUAUACGCAGUAUAUUAUUCUGUCGUCUAUAUAUAAACUGCAGACACAAAUAUUGGUCAAUUUCGCGUCGCUUCUCAAAUACGUCAGUCGAUUCUGAUGAUUUGACCGUCACCCUCGCGUGCUAAUAAAUACGCAAAGUCAAUAAGUAUACUAUACGAGCACUUAUGUACCCUAUAUUUAAGUUCUACGUCAAUCCUAUAACAAUAUGUUUACCCUAUACAUUACUAUAGCGAAACGAUAAAUAUAUCGCGCAAUUUUUCUCCCGGAAAGUACUAAGACACGAAAAUGUUAUUGACCAACAUGCUCGUAACCGAUUUGUAAAAGUGAUAUGUACUAAUAAGGGUUAAAACAAAAUAAUUAUCAGACCGUGUUUAUAGGUUAUUCUGCGGUAACGUCUAAAAUUCCGAGUAUUUCGCGCAACGAGGAUUUUUGUUUUUUGUGGAGGAGGAUAGGGUUGGAAUAGUAUUUGAUAUACUGAGCAAUUUAAUUUAUUACGCAACGGAAAUUAUAAAAUUCGUGUUUUUCCCAACGUUACUCGGAAAUCAACAAAGUCAAACAAUAAAAAAAAUUCAAAUAAAAGGCAUACGAAUGAACUACUAAAAAUAACAGUAAAUAAAGUACUACGAGAUUUCGCUUCUGUCGAGAUAGUUCGUGAAAAAAUAGGCGCAUUUACCUAAAAUAAAAAAUAAUAAUAAUAAAAAAAAGCAUAAAAACUAUUUUUUUGGAAAAAGUAUUGUAAGUUUUGAAACGAUUUUCAAUUGAAGUAGUAAGAAGUGAAAAAUCUGAGCAUUUUUACUAACCGUGUUUUAGAAAAAAAAAAACGAUUCUUCGUUACCCUUAUUCAGAAUCGACAAAAUCUAAAAUUGAUUUCGAAACAUUUUCCACUGUUAAUAGAAAAUUUCAUCUCAAACUUCGGGUUUUUCAAACUCUCCCAUUGGUUGCGCCACUGCUCGCCAACAUAUCGAAUUGAGAACCGGACAAUUUAUUAUUACACGUCAAGUUUUAAUAUUUAAGCGUCACUACCGAAUAAUUUUACAACGGUAUAAUAUCGUACAAUUUAACAAAGAAAAAACACCAAUCCUCUCUAACCUCUAUCAAUUUCGUCACAAAAAUAAAAAACCGCCCACUUUAUUUUGCAAACGUCAAAAAGUCGCUCGCCUUCGAUUGCCAACCGGUGUAUUAUAAUACCGAAGACGUAGUAUAAUAUCACGUGUUUGUAAACUUAAAUGUCAAUAACAUAAAGACUAUUUCAAAAAAGUAAUAACCUAACAAACAGACAAUAUCCACAGAGUGUGCUGCUACUCCGUGGCCGCGUUUAUCUCGUGUAAAUAGUGGAAUUCAACAGAAAAAAACCCCCGUGGCUGAUUUUUAUCGUCGGAUUUCUGGACUAUAAUAUGUAAUAGUUAUAAUUUUAAUUAACAAUAAUAUCAAAUGGUGUUCCUAGACUAUAAUCAUCAGGACGUACAGUGUGAAAUGUAUGGCUUUCAAUGGUGGGUGGGUGUUGCACCAAUAUUUCCAACCGCGUCGAAUUCCCGAAAAACAAAGGCAAUAACUAAUAACAGCCCGUUUUAUGUCCAAAAUUGUGAUUAGCGUAGGUUUUUUAAAAUUAUUUUCGUAAUUCAUUCGGUUUGGCAAUCAAACAUUGGCCCGUAAUGAAGCGGCCCUAUGCUUAAUUUUAAAAGACAUGUAGGGCCACUGACGUAUAUCUAAAUAUUAUGUUAAGAAAUAUUAUUGUACCUGAUAAAUUGUCGCUCAACCCGGCAAAAGUCGGCGGCGGCCGAUUGUUAUUAAUAUUGUAUUUCAAUCUUAUAAUUUAUGCGUUUUGGUUUUUGUUUUAUUUUUCCGUUUUACAGGUUGGCUGUACGACGUGCUGGGCUCGUACAAUCCGGCUUUUUACCUAUCGGGCUCGAACAUCGCGCUCAGCGGUGUCAUGUUGUUCGUGAUACCGUACGUCCAGAGGUAUUACGAGAGGAAAGAACUCGAUAAAAUGACUGCGUAAAAAAAUGCACAAUUUUUUACAAUAUUUGAUACAUACACAAUGUACUUUAAACGAAUUGUAAUUUGUUAUACACAAGUGUUUAUUGUUAUAUAUACUUAAAACACGGGAAAACAUUGGAAAAAACAAAACAAAAUCACCUACGAGAAGCCUCUCUCAUCCUCCACUGUGUUACAGGAAUAUUUUAUUAUUAUUUUUAUUAUUAUUAUUAUUAUUAUUAUUAUUAUUAUUAUUUUCGCUCAGCGGGCAUUUAUUUAAUUUUAAUUUUAAUCGUCAUAAUAGUAUAUUAUUAACUAUAUAGUAAUGUUUUUUUACACUGCGGGGAGUUCUUCACCAUCGUUCUACCCGCUCGGAUUUUUGCUCAAUAUAUGAUUUAUAUAUUUACCUCGUUGACCAUAAAUUAUAUAAUAAUACGUUAUAAUAGUUAUAAUCACCAAUUUUCUUUUUCUUUUUUUUUUUUUUUGACAAUAAAUAUUAAAAAUAUAAAAUUCUACGUCUUUCGUUAAGCGUGUGUGUGUGUGUGUGUGUUAAUCGAUUGUAAUCGAAACGAAUUUUCCAAAAAAAUACUUCCUAUCCCACCCCUCUUCGAACUGUAUAAAUAAUAUGCACACAUAUACCAAUAUACCGGAUAUCUAUCGAAUUAAUUAUUAUAAAUCUAUAAAAUGUAUAUUUUUUUUAAACAUAGAAUAUUAUAUUAUAGAGCGAACGAUAUUACGAAAUAUCGAUAACUUGAAUGUUAAUCGGUGUGCGAAGUUUAUUAGUGAUUUUUUUUUUUUUUGCACCUAAUCGAAUCGAAAUGCACAAGACGAUGGAACGAUAUUGAAUUUUUUAACGCGCCUACGUGACGUUUCGAUGAAAAUUUAGUUUGAAUUUCCCGAGAAAUCGCGUCGGGCACAGUAUUAUAGAUGGCCAGUAUUGAAUUAUUAUUAUUUUUUUUUAUUAUUAUAUUUUACCUUUCCGAGGAUUUUCCGAAUCCGCCCCGGUUUUUUUUUUUAAUUUCUGUUAUUGUUUUCCCCGAAAUUUCGGACGUUUUUCGAAACAAAAAAAAAACGCGUUUACCGUACGUACGGUUAUUUUGUACUGUAGAUCGAUUCAUAACGACGCACACCAACUUCCCACGCCUAUAAUGUGUACUCGCUACUAUAUUAAAACGCAUUAUGAAUUAUUUUUUAAACGUGUAAUUCAUGUUUUGUUUUUUUUUUUUUACAUAUAAUAUACUCGUACUAAACAUUUUAUGAUGUAACUAUUAUUAUACUUUACACUUGUAAUUGAUGGUUUCCCCCCCAAAAAAAAAAAAACGAUACGAUACUAUAAUAUAUCGGCGAUAAUCGUUUAAACUCUGUUAUAACUAUUAUUAUUUUUUUAAUAAUUCCUUAAUAUAUGUAUAUUUUGUUUUUAAUAUUCACGCAAAAAUUUAGAAAUCCGUAUCGUUAUCAAACACAUAUAGUACUCGCGUAUAUUAUUGCAAAGAUUUUUAUACGUGUCAUAUUAUAAUAUUAUAUAUUAAAUGCGUAAUGCUAAUUUUUAUAUUGUGUAACAACACGCUAUCGUUGAGCUCAUCUCGUAUCAGUUUUUUGUAUAUUUUUUUUUUCUUAUCAAGCCUGUUAUAAUAAUAUCGUCCCUGACGAUUUUGGCGUGCGUAAAGCGCGUCGGGCGAAUAAAACGUUCGAAGAAACCGCCGAGAAACGCGUCGGAUUCGAAAUCGUAACACGAUAUUUUUUAAAUCUAUUAUUUUCAUUCCGGUGAAUUAUAUUAUUGGCCGAGAUUACCAUAGUAUUGUAUAGUUUUUUUUUCCCCAAAUCAAAAAAAUAACCAUUUGUAACCCCGCCAUCGAUUUUAAAUAUUAUAUUAUAAAUAAUAAUAUUUACCUAUACAUAAUAUGUUUAUGAAUUAUUAUAACGCAUCAGUUUAAAAAAAAAAAAAAAAAAAAAAAAAAAAAAA